GUGGAUGAUCUCUAUCGUGAAAAUGUAUCAGAUGAAGUCCGAAAAAAGGUCGCUAAAGAAGUUAUCGACGAUCUGUUAAACGUAACAAACCUUGAUAAGAUGAACAAAGAACAAAGAGAAAAAGGAAUAGACCCACAAAAUAUUACUAUUAUAGCCAGAAUACUCCAACAAAUCGUUUAUCUAAAUAUUUCUGAUAACAAUCUUAACAUAUUGGGUCCAGCAAGCAAUAUAUUGGAUAUUAGGAAUACAAAAUCAUGGAGAAACUUGACGGUGAGUUAGUGAUUGAAAUUAAUCGAGUCUCAAAAAUAAAGCCUGUUUAGUUCAUGAUGGGCCAGGUGUUAUCCUAUAGCAUCCUUUUCUCUAUAGGUUUACUACCUCAAGCCUACUACAAUCUGAUUCGAAGUGUUUCACUCAUGAUAAGCAAGGCCUUUGAAUAGUUAUAAUUAACAUUUAUUCGCCCGGGCGAGGUGAUUAUCGGGAUAAAUCACCGACAUGAAGUCGAAGUGAAUAUUUAACAAUUAUUCGCCGAAGGCGAAGUGAUUACCGGUGAAUAAUCACCGAGACGAAGUCGAGGUAAAUAUUCACCAUAGUCACUGAGCCUGGGGCGAAUAAUUGUUUUAGUAUAAAUUUUUAAUGAACAAAACAAAAUAUCCAAACAUCAGUUUAAUUAAAAUUCGGAAUCAAAACUGUUUUCGGUCGGUUUCACGGUUACUGUUUUAGUGUCGCAGUGUUUUUUGUACACGCACGCUUUCAAAUUUGCUUCAUGUGUGACUUUAUUGCGAUUACAAAGCUGUUUUUCUCGACUUCUGCUUAGAAUAUAAACACAAUGAUGGGAUGACUUUUUUAGCAUUAAUUUGUUGAAGAAAUGGCUAAAAAAUUGGUAAAGUGGAAUGAAAACAUGACCAGUGGCGUGCUGGCAGGGGGUGCCGGGGGGCCACGGCCCCCCAGCUGGCAAUUCUUGGGGGGCGCAAAAAUGAAAAGGGGGCGCCGAUCCCGCGUUUUGAAAGUGGGUGGGAAGAAACGCAUUCGAAAAAAUAUAGUUACUAAUUCCGCCAAGGAAAGAUGUGUUUAUAGACUUAUAAACAGACUAAGCGCAUAGGCGGCAAAGUGAGUAUAUUAAAUUGCAGACUAUUUUGUCUAACCGUAUUUGCUACCUCACGACUCACACGAAAUCACUCGUUCAUAUAGAAACACGAUCAGUGAUCACACGCAAUGUCUCAUCACCAGAAUAUUGAUCAGGCUUCGAAGCGAUCACGGGAAUUAUGCCCUUUUUUGCUGGUAUUAUGCCCUUAUAUUAUGCCCUUUAUUAUGCUUCACGAAUCACAUGAGCGGUGCAAAUUAGAUAGUUGAAGUUAUGAUAAUGUAAAUUUGUGUACGCAAUUUAGUUGUUUGCGCAAGAAACAUCAUGAGUAAUGUAAGUAAUGAGAUAUAAUGCUGAAAUGCGCCCUUUUGGCAGCCAGGCGAGGAAACCUUAAAAUGCAUAUGCGUGUGGUCCGUGUGUUAUUGUAUAUAAAAGGGCUGUAAGUUGUCAAUGUAUUCAGAUCACUAGAUCAGUAGAAAAUAGAAUUGGAAUUAGAUUAAUUGCUGGAAGUAGUUAGCAUUGCCCAAUUUAAGUACUACUACUAAAUUCUAACCAAUUUGCAAAUUUCGACACGUUGUAAUGCCGUUUCCUGACCAUCAGAUUUCUGUCAAAUCUUCCCCCCAAAGUCCAGGAAAUGGCAUUUCAGAAACCCUAAAUUCAAAAAUUUUCCGGGGGGGCAUGCCCCCGGAUCCCCCUAGACAAACCUCGCACCUGCGGCGCUCGGCUCGUGCCUUCGGCCCUCGUUUAUCAAGCGUAAUAGUAUAGGGGCGCAUAUUGGUUGCCAGUCGACUGGCCCCCCCCAGAAAAAUAGUACCCAGCACGCCACUGAACAUGACAUAUUAAAAGAAAUAGUAUCGUACAAAUUGAGAUAUCUACAGGAUACAAAACAAAGUGGUUUUAAAAGAAUAUCACCGCAAGGUUUUGCCCAGUUUUGCCCAACAGAUGGGAUAGUUUUUGCUAUUUGUUCGAAGCGAAUGUUUCGGAGUUUUAAAUAAGCUCUGUAUUGUCCGUGAAUAUGUUUGACACAGCAAGAUGAUAAAGGAAUCCUACCUUCCAAGUUAAAUACAACAAUUUUGUGCUGUUUUCGUUUUCUGGGGACGAAUAUUUCAAUAUAUAUUUCGUCGAUUUUGAAACCAAAUUUGCCAAAUCAUUCUUUUUGAAAAGCAUUAUUUACUAGUCAGGUUGUAAAUAAUGCGUCAGAUUUACUAGUCAACUAGCCAAUCAGAACGCGCGAAAGCUCAUUUGAUAUGUAAAAUUUAUACUAAUCCCCGAUAUAAUCACCGAGCCUGAAGCGAAUAAUUGUUUUAGUAUUUUUACACAAGCUUUUGUGGGUUUUUUUGGGACUGACUAUUUAUUUUAAUUUCGUUUAUUUCUUUGUCAGUAACUUCCUCAAAACGGCUAGCCGCCAUUUUUAAAGUUUUGUUUUUGUUAUACAGCUAUUUCAAUUAAAGUUGUCCACGAGCAAAGCGGAAAAGUCGAAUACGAGCGCGAAAGGCUGCUAGGAAUCGCUAUGAAAAUUCAUUGAUUUGUUAGCGAUUCCCAGCAGCCUUUCGCGCUUGUAUUCGACUUUUCCGUUUUGCUCGUGGACAACCUUAAUUGAAAUAACUGUAUUCACCUGUAGGUGAAUAUAUAUAUAACAGCUUAAUACGUCAAUUUUUCGUUGGUCGAUUGCAGUGUCAGAUUAAUAUGAAACUAGUUUUUUUUUUACCAAUCAUCUUGUAGAAUUUUUUAUGUUCACUUGUGCAAAAAUACUAAUUAACAAUUAUUCACCGAAGUGGAGGUGAAUAUAGUGCAAGGAUAUUAACCGAAACACAAAGCGUCUAGGUAAAUAUAGCCUUGCACUAUUCAUCGACACUUAGGGGAAUAAUUGUUUUGGAAUAUACUAUAACAAACCAAAAAUGACCAAAAAACAAUAAAAAUAUUUUAAAACAAUUUGUAUUUCAGCUCCCAUAAUAGAUGUAAACAAAACAGUAUUUACACGCUCUUAGUAAUGUUAUUCAUUAGAAAAUGCUUCAAAGUUUACUUCUGCACACUGCCAGUUAAACAAAACUUUGUGAUUUUUUUGGAAAAACAGCAGCUUCGUUUAGUACAAAAUUUGUACCUACUUUUUAAAAUUCCAGACAAUACGUGACACUGAAAUUUAAUUGGCCGUUUUAAUGGGUUAAAAUUUUCCACGAAUUUUCUACCUUCCCAAUAGGUGUGACUAGUCCUACAAACUACUUGAACUCUAGAAAUCCGGGCAUUUUUUUCUUGUCUCAUCUGGCACCCUUCUUUUUAUUAUUUCCUUUCCUAGGACAAUAAGGUGAUUCGUGAUCUGGUAAUAACCUUGGAAGAUUAUGGAUUCCAAUAUGGAAAGAACUUAAAAAACAGCUCAAAUACUUCGCUUAUAGUUAAAGACUAUCCCAACGUACAGCUAAACCUCAGAUACAUAAAACACUCAGGCAAUUUGUCACCAGAGGAAAGAUUUUUCAAGUUUCCAAAUGCAUCGUUCAAUCUCUCGCCUGAUGCGUUACUGAAAGAAUCUGGCGCCGUGGUAGUUAUCUUGUGGUAUAAAACAAUACAUUCUCUUAUAAAGAAUACUUCUUAUGGUGAUAAUAUUUAUGCAGCAAUAAGCAGCAAGAUCAUAACUGUAAAUGUCCGACCUGAGCAAAAGGUGAAGUUUUCACAACCUGUACGCAUCAGCUGGGACUUAGCAGAAUUGGUAAUAAAAGCUUUCUUGUUUUCGACUCAAAGAGAAUGCAUGGCAGUUUGCAGUUUAGGAUGGAAAAUAAUUGAGUAAGACAUAGAGUAGAACAGAAUUGAAUCGAGUAAAAUGGUAGGAUAGUUGAGUAGAAAACAUCAGAAUAUUAUAGAUUAGCAUAUAUUCAGAAGUUUGCGGGUAGUGCUUUUCGCGCAAUUUGAUUGGUUGCUCAGCUCCGCAUAUCCUUACACUAUUCACCUCUGGACAAAAACAAAAUGGCGUCCCGUUUUGUUCCGGUUUAUACAGACGAACACGUUUUCUACUAAACGAAGCUGCGGUUUCGCAAAACACGAAGGAAGCCACGAAGUUUUGUUUAACAGUGAGUAGAGGUAUUCUUCAAAGCUAUUUCUAAUGAAUAAAAUUUACUAAAAGCUUUUAUCCAUCUCAACGCUUCCAAAUCAAAUCAAAUCAAUUUUAUUUCACACGUUUACAAAAGAUAUAGUUAGACAUUAAUUACAUCACAAAAAAAUCAUAAUGGAAGGGGAAAAAAAGGGAGUUAAUUAUGGUAUUAUAUCGUGUACAGUGGCCAAAGUAGCUGAGAAGCUUUCGAGUUGGCCACCGUUUACAAAAUUGUUGUUUUGUGACUGUUUACAUAAUUGACAAAAAAGAACAUGACGUGUUUGGUGUGGCUGGAUCAGUGUCUGGAUUCUACGUUUGACUUAGGAUAAGUUUUCUUGUAUAUUUAGAUUUAAAUAUUCUAACUGAAGUCGACUGCUUAAUAUGUAGGUCUCUCGUUUCCCAAAUAUUGGAUGACGAAAAAAGAAAAGUGUGUUUGCCGUAAUUUGUGCGCGCUUUUGGUCUGCUAAAGUUUUGAUUUGCCGCGAAUCUUGUAUUAUACGAGUGACAGGUAGAUGCGAUGGAUAUGGAGUUUGCAAAAACUGACGGUAUUAAGUUGUUAAGGAUUUUAUAUGUAAAAAUUGCAAUUUUCAAUUUAAGAACAUUGUCAACGUUGAGUAUUCCCAAUAGAUUGAGGUAGGUACUGGCAUCUUCUCUUUUAUGCGCAAAGAAAAUGUUUCGUACACAUUUAUUUUGAGCAGUGCGAAUUUUGGAUAGAUGGGUAGUAUAGGUGUUUCCCCAGCUCAUUAUUCCGUAGUUAAGAUAUGGAUAGAUUAGGGAAUAGUAGAGUUGUUUCAACAUCUGUAGGUUCACAUAAUAUCGCAAUUUAUUAAGGAUGCCAGUGUUUUUAGAUAUUUUGCUUUUUAUGUGGUUUAUUUGCUGGCCCCACUUAAGGUGUUUAUCAAUAUAGACGCCCAGGUAUUUGAUGUAGUCUUUCCCGUUUAAGUGACUAUUCUGUAUACUAUAGUGUAAGGACUAUUCACCGACAAUGAGGUAAAUAUUUGUUAAAUAUAAUAACCUACCCUGGAAUACAGUCAUUAUGGAAUACAAUAGAAUGCAAACGAAUACACCUGUGUGCGGAACACCUGAAACAAAAAACAUGGGUAAUGUUUACUGUUUCUUGAAUAACAACAUUUUUAGAUCUGAAUUAUUCAUUUUACUUUCAGAACGAUUCCAAAACAUGUGCAUACUGGAAACCAAGAUUAGGUGAAAAUAGGUGGAAGACAGAUGGAUGUAAAAGAGUAAAAGACAAGUUAUAUAGUAACCGCUUGAUAUGCGAAUGCGACCACCUAACAGCUUUCGCUGCUAUGGAUAUUUCUAGAACUAUGGUAAGAUUUUAAGGUAAUUGCAGGCAUGGCAUACCUUAGGCAUGUGUUUCAGGAGAUCUACCUUUACUCGGCGAAUUUCUUUCAAAUUUUGGUCGAAUGUAGCCAGAUAUAGAUGAAGAAUAACAUAUAGGGCCCUUUCAUUUAAUGACCUGACCGGUCGGUCCCAUAGAAGAUAUCUAUGGUCACACCCGAAUUUUUAUCUGCGUAUCAAUUGGAAGAUCUGGUCUACGUUUCUCAAAUAUCUGGCGAAAAUGCACCUCAUUCUAAGAGAGCAGUCAUUAUUAAUGCUGGGGGGGGGGGUAGAAGAUAUUUCUAAACUUUAGGUAUAUUUUUCAUGGCCCCUCAUUAAAUAAAUAAAAUAAAUAAAUAAAUGGUUUAUUCACAUAUCUUGGCAUUAAUACAGUGAAUUAUGAUAUGUUUACAUAAAUUCAAUAAAUUAUCUAAAGUAUUAAAAUCUAUAUAUAAUAUAUAACUAAAAUAUAUAUAAUAUGCAACUAAUCACUGAAGUUUAUUCCUUAACUCAAAGCACAUUGCUGGAAUAAAACUAUUUUUGUAUCUAUUAGUACGGCACUUUGGCAGAGACAAACAGUCCUUAUUACGCAAAGUCCGUCCGUGCGCGGCCACUCGUGUUUGUGGCAGAAGGUUGUUCAAUCGGUUGUUGGGUUUAGCAAUCUUCUCAAAGGUUUUCUUUCGUACACCAAUCGUGUCUCCUAGUGUCUAAGCGUGCGAUUUGGCUAUUUGGAGUGCGUCGAUAUAAUGCAGACCUGGGUAUAAUACACGCAAGGUACGCUUCUCAACAUGUUCAAUCUUGUUUGAAAGAUAAUUGGGAAGGCUCGUAUGCCAAACUGUGCAUGCGUACUCUAGGACUGAACGUACCAGGGCAAGGAAAACUGGCAGCAGGUCAGCCGAUGGAACGCCACUUCUUCGCAAUAUGCGCAAAAUGUACAGGCGCUUAGAAGCUUUCUUCACGAGAAUGUUGACAUUCUCAUUCCACUUCAGAUGGUCAUUAAAGGUGACACCAAGUACUUUAAAUGAUGAUACGAUACUGAGUGGAUUCCCGUUGAUAUGCAGGGAGACAAUGUUUGGACUUUGUCUUAAAAAGCUAAUCACCAUUUCUUUGCAUUUCUUAACAUUCAAACGCAUGUCAUUCUGCUCUGCCCAUUGUUGUAUUUCAUCUAGGUCAGAUUGUAAUGUCGAUUGGUCACGUAUAGAUAGAGAUUCAGAAAGAGUAAGAUCGUCAACAUAUUUCCAGUGACUUGUAUGUGGAGACUUUAGUUCUAGAUCGUUAAUCAUAACAAGAAAUAAUAUCGGUCCCAGCUUAGUUACUUGUGGGACACCUCCGUUAACACUUCCUCAUGCUGACUGAAAUCCACCAAUUUUAACUAGUUGACGACGAUUAGAAAGAAAGUCACAGAUCCAUGGAAUAAUGCAUCUUCUAACGCCAAGUAAUAUUAGUUUUCCAAUGAGGAUGUUGUGAUUUAUCCGGUCAAACGCCUUACUGAAGUCUAAAAAGCAUACUCUAAGAUAGUGCGAGGGGGGCGUCAAGGGUACGCAUCCAAUUAUUUACCAUAUCAAUCAAAAACACGCUCUACUACAUAUAGGGUCCAAUAUUCUAUUGAACAGAAUUUGAGAGGAAAAUGAAAGAAAACACUAAAAAAUGCAAUGAAUACAGCCAUGACUGUGGAGAAAUUAUACAUAAAUGUAAUAAUUCUGCAUGAAAACAAGAAUUCCUUUUCAAACAUGAUAAAAAUUGGUAAAAAACAUAAGAAUAAUUGCAAAUGUGGACAAUGACAGAUUUCAUAUUUUAAUAGGAAAAUCACAUCAAAUGCAUGUUAAAAAUGACUGGAAAUAUAUUCAGCAAAAACAUACACAUUUUGCAACAAUUUUAGCUUUUCCAAGUUGCAAGAUAUGACUAAAAUGAUACUAAAUCUCUAAGAGGAAAAAACUGCUAAAAAAUUUGGGCAAAAUUUAUUGUUUUUAGCAAAGUGAGUAAAAGGCAUGUGAAUAAAAGGGGAAAAAAGAGGAAAAUGUUAUAGUUCCAAAACAUGUCUGGAGGCAGCCACAGUCAGUGAAAAUUAUAUAUCAAGAACAUGGCACAUGCCACCUUCGAUAUAUCGAAAACUCUAAACUAUCCAAUGCUUCGAUAUACCGGUAUCGAAAGAUUGCAAUUUCUUCGAUAUAUCGAAAGAAUGCCAUUUCCUCGAUAUAUCAAAAGAAUGCCAUUUCUUCGAUAUAUCGAAAGAAUGCCAUUUCUUCGAUAUAUCGAAAGAAUGCCAUUUCUUCGAUAUAUCGAAAGAAUGCCAUUUCUUCGAUAUAUCGAAAGAAUGCCAUUUCUUCGAUAUAUCGAAAGAAUGCCAUUUCUUCGACAUAUCGAAAGAUUGCAAUGUCCUCAAUAUAUCGAAAGAUUGCAAUUUCCUCGAUAUAUCGAAAACUAAACUAUCCAUGGCUUCUAUAUAUUGAAAGAAUGCCAUUUCUUCGAUAUAUCAAAAGAUUGCCAUUUUUUCAAUAUGUCGAAAACUCUAAACUAUCCAUGGUUUCGAUACAUCAAAGAAAUGGCAUUGUUUCGAUAUAUCACAGAAAUGACAUUCUGUCAAAUUCAAUAUGUGAAAAGGAUGUCAUGUCUUGCCAAAACAAGCCAUGUUUUAAAUAUUGAUAGUAAAACAACAAAGUAGGGCACAAUUCAGUUCAAUGGGUUAGCAAUAUGGUAUACACUCAAAAUAUAACACAUUCUACGAUAGGGUUGCAUAUUCUAUUUAGCUAUAAUCAAAAUAAUCACAUGUACAGUCAGGGCCGCCAAGAGGGGGGGUGUGGGGGGGGGCAAAUUGCCCUGGGCCCCCACCUUAAUAGGGCCCCAACUUGGAGCAAGCGCCUAAAAUUGAAUAGGUUCUAUAAAGAGCAUUUUUGAAAUUGAGGGCCACUUACAGCACCUCCACAUGCAGCUCUAGCUAAGGUUUAGUUGGGUCUAGCUUAAAAAUAAUAAUGUCAUGGGGCCCCCAGGGAAGGUUUGCCUCGGGCCCCACAAAUUCUCUAGGCAGCCCUGUGUAUAGUAUAGCUAGCUAUAUUAAUUAUACAUAUACAACAACAACAUAUGUAUAUAUCUAUAUUGACUAAAAUCACUUCAUUAGACAGUACGGUAUACAGUAGUAACAACUAAAUUCAGUUUUAAGAGUUUCUUCUGCCCUAUAACUAUAUUGCUUUAGGCAAUUUUCCCACGACAAUGCAUUUGGACCCAGUAACAUGCAGACCACUGCAGAUAAACCAAUCCCACAGCAGCGAUGUAAUACAUCAAAAGAGUUUAUCUUCACAAAACAUUACAUGGUACUGAUUAUAUACCUUCUUGUAUAGCUGUGCUACUGUCAAUCUCCUUUAUCAGGUGGUCUCAACCCUCUAUGGUUAAACCCGGUUCUUUUGUGUUUGAUGUACUAUGUACAGCAUGAUGCAAAAGUGAUAUAUCAUUUGGUUUACAUCAAUCUGAAAGAAUGGAAAAAACUAUAAGAACAGACACCAUUAAAAUGAUUACAGUUUUUACUGCCAAUCAAAGAACACAAGAGAAUCAGAUAUAUAAUGGCAUACCGUGAACCUCCGAACAUAUGCCCUGGGCUUAUAUUCGUUCGUAAAGAUUUUUUGAUGGGGGCUUAUGUACAGGGGCCAUAUAAUUUUAUUGUAUCUGUAAACAAUGUGAAGUGUGAACCAUUGCCUCAGUCAAAACACGUUCAUAUGACCACUGAAUAUUGAAGACUAGAAGUGAUGAUCAUUCCUAUGUUGUACAGUUAAAACAGACAAGGGAUAUGUAUUUUAAAAAUGUAAACAAUAUUCUUGGGACCGCUUCAAACGUUCAAACAAAUCUACCAACCUGAAAUUCGCACUAUCUUGACCAUGAUCUGGACCUUGGCAGCAAUUCAACGCUCUUCCUUCGAUUUGAUCUUCCGACAGAAUCGACUGUUUAGCUUUAAUUUUGUUAAAUAUUUAAUAUUCAUGUUCAUUAUUCAUAUCCAAGCACUGUCCUCACAAAGAUUAACCAUAGUACAGCUAUUAUAUAAACGCUGAUAUUCAUAUACGCCGCUGAAUGCGAUUCGAAUUCAAAAUUUAUAGAUAUUGUGCGCCAAAGAACGAACAAUAACCAACGGUUUAUGAAACGAAACACGACGAUACAUAAUCGAAACAGCUCGCUUCGAGUUCGGUAAAAAUAGUACCAACAUGCUUUGCGCACCGCGACUCUUGCCUGUUCGCCAUAUUUCAUAUUUGCGAAUAUUCAAAUCGUUUGCUUCUUUAUCGCCGGAAUAUUUGAAUAUUUAUUACUUCUCAACGCAGGAAUACUUAAAGAUUAAAUCAAGCAAGGUAUGUACUACACAACUGCUAUUUAUUUCCCCAGAAGAGAGAGUACAAUCUCAUUAUCUCAGGAGUAUAUUGUAACGGAAUUUUAUUUUGCUGGUUUACAACUCGUGUAAAAAAUACAUGAGAAAAAUUUUGUGUUGAGUUAAUACAGUAACAAUUCCACAGGAUGUUGGCCUCUCUGCAACUGAUUUAUUUCUUACAAAGACAACAUUUUUUCUUCGCUUGACAGCUUUUUGAUAGUGUAGUAUUUAUAACAAUAUUUCUUGGGCAUCUCACUUGAUUGAAGUCAUUGAACUUAAUAUUAAAUAUUGAAUUAUGAAUGUGAAGAAGUUUGUACAUGGUCUAUAAAGAAUAGGCUUUUCACAUCCAAGCAUUGCCAAUGGAGGAGUGGGGUGGGGGCACUGAGGGGCGAUCCCUACAUGUAGCUUCAAAUUAAAUAUGUACACUGUACCUUGGUCAUUUUAACCUGAUUUGUAUGGCCUGUUCCAAUGAGCCAUAAUAAUAUUAGCAUAUUUGCACAAACUAUUAGCCCAGUUGGUCAGAUCCCAGAUUUGUUGAAAUGAGAGACCGGGCAUUUUAAUUUUAAUGAAAGCAUUGUGAGAAUUAUCGGUGUUCUAUCAAUAGCAUUGCAUCUUUAAGAAAAAGCUAACUGCAACUAGGGUAUACAAGGCACUGUUAUCAAUGUGUCUAAUUUGAUCCAUUGCUGAGGAUGACUAGAAUUACCAUUGUGUGCUUUAUGAAAAUACGUAGUGCUUCCCAUAAUCACCAUUCAUUAAUAAUAUCAAUUCCUCCUUAGGAUUAUGUUGACGAGGGCUAUAUGUAACAAACCAUUCAUUGGUGACGCUAGAUGAUCUUCAUUCAAGAUUCAUUAUCGGAAAGGAAUCAUCAGCAAGAAAUGGUCUUUUCAUUGGCUGAUAAAAAUUAAGCUUGGGCAGAUGUUUGUCAGGUUGUAUAUUUCUUGUAGCCUUUGACUUGCAUAAGGAAAAGAAAAUAUAUACUGACACUACAUGCUAGAUGACGAACUCAUUGUUGAAGAACAUUUUAGUAUUGUUUAUAUAAAAAAAGAACACUGUAAAGUCACCGUGUACUGAACAGAGUAAUGUAAUAAGUGCAGAGCCCGGCACAGCUAAUUAACAUUACCAUUUGCAGUCUAAAUGGUAAUAAAUGUGAUAUUUUACAUUCAUCCAGCUUUACUGUCUUACAUUUUGAGGAGCAUUACAGUACAAAACUUCAAUGUGCCCUACUUGCCUACUGCCCUUUCAUUAUAUUACUCUAUCUAACAGCAUAUAAGGUCAGGGAUGGAUCCAGCAUAAUCUGGUAGGGUGGAUGCUCUGGUGCCGACUGCCAAGUUGUGUCGGUCAUAUGUGCCGCCCGCCCAUCAACUACUGUAUUUGAAUUGUAAUUGUUGUUCACAGUUCACUUAUCCUCAUGUUAUUACUCAAAUUACUGUAUCUCAUUUUGUCUAUUUUGCUUUAUCAUAAAAAAUAGCACUCCCCCCCCAGUAAAUCCAUCCCUGUAUAAGGUUAGUAGUAUAGAAUGGCGGGUUCUAGCUCACUAGGCUAACGUGCGCACUGCGCACCCCAUCUGCGCAGAUUUUGGAUCACGUGAUUUAUGACGUCACUUCCGGUCCACCAUGCCCAAACUUGCCCGGAACUAUGACGUCACUUCCGGUUUAUAGGAUCACGUGAUCUAUGACGUCACUUCCUGUUUCCCCGCAUUCAGCCUUGCCCAAACUUGCCCGUAACUAUGCCGCAACCCCCCCCCUGCCGCACCACGCUUUGGGUAGUCUUGCCGCGACCUUACAUAGGUCUACCCGGAGUCCUGCCAGGGUCUACCCAAAGUCUGCCCGGAGUCUCUCCUAAGUCUACCCGUGGCCUUCCCAAAGUCUACCCAAAGCCUUCCCAAAGUCUACCCAAAGUCUACCCAAAGUCUUGCCAGAGUCUAUCCUAAGUCUACCCAAAGUCUCCCCAAACCCUCCCCACCGCGCGGUUGAAAUAAAAGUGCUGAGUCAGCAGUUUAUGAAAAAAUUUUACUUUUUGGUAUAUAAUAAAAAGGAUGUCAAUCACCAAAGUCUCAGACUUCUCCAAAGACUCGUUCACUUUCGAAGAUGCCGUCGGAAACAGUUACGGGUCCGAAAAGGUUAGAUUAGCGGCACGGGAUAAGGGUCCACUUUUACUAGAACUUGAGGACUGCUUGUCCUAUGGGGUGAGCAAGAACAACAAGUUCGGUAAGGACAACUACAUCAUCUCCCUAGCCCUGAGGGAUAAAAAGGAGUUUGUGUCAGCCCUGGAAUUGGUGGAAAUGGAGUCCGCAGAUCACGUCGGUAAUCCGGGCGAGAAAAUCAUGAAAUGCCUUUACCGGAAGGGUAGCGCUCCGACCCUGUACGUAAAGAUUGACAACGAAACGGAAAUCUACCCUCCAAAGGGGAACGAACCCGUGGACCACAAGAAAUAUCAGGACAAGAGGUUCCGUCUUGAUGCUAUCGUCAAGAUCGAGAGCAUCUACGUGUCCAAAAGCAUAACCUCCAUCCAGGUGAAGUUGCAUGAGGCAAAUAUAUUGGAGGAAAAACCCAAAGCACCGAGGAAGAGGCUUUUACAGCGACGGGAUUAAUCGGAUACAUAAAUCUUGAUAGAACCAAUUUUAAUGUUUGUAAGAACAUUAAAAUUUAAAGAGCAUAAGUACCGCUGAUCGGUAAGCUGUUUCCGUAGUCAAUAGGCAUAACCGACCGGUCUUUCCACCGUAUCCUAAACAGAUUUCCCAUUCCGUAGGAGCGGGAAUGCAAGGACGGUAUGGAAAACACCCACGACUCUGCGGAAUCGUUGGGCCGACUUAAAUUAAUGCCAAACCCCGGACCGUCCAGCGUGAAGUUGUUUAUAUUUUCAAACUUUACAUCCUCCCGUAUGGUGAGGAAGACGACGACACCUAUCGGCGGACCGGAAGGGAUUGCGUUCACACCCAUAAUUAUUGCGCUUGUCCCUCCAACGAGCCAGAACCUAAUGUCUACCUCCCUAUCAGCUCCUUCGUCCGUGAAGGUAAUGCCAGCAUCCAUAAAGUUUGUGUUUCCACACAUUUCCAGAAUGAACUCCACCGUUUCUUCAGAACAUUCGAAGUACAGUUGGACUUUCCUGUAGGUACUCAUUGUCCCUUUUUUGUUAUAUAUAAAAAAAGUUUUUUUAAAACCUAUUGACCCAGCGUUUUUUUAUUCCUCCUUUUCCGGACAACCCACCUUUUCCGGACAACCCACCUUUGUGCUAAUCACAUGUUUCCCGACGGUGAUUCCUCCACUCAGUAUUCCGAUGAGUGGGAUGUAUGGUAUUACGUAACCGACGAGGUAGUCGUUCAAUAUGAUGUCCGUAUCCUUUGCGCUCGGGUUGUGAAAGGUUACGAGUUUCGAUAUAUUUUCCCUAUAGGGUUUCGCAAUGGAUGUGAGUUGUUGGGUAAUGACAGUGGUCGAUAUUCCCAUAUACCUAGCGCUAAACCCAAGUUUUACCAAUUCGCUGGUCCUGUUUUUGACGGAUUGACUACUGGCACAGUCGUCGAGGACUAUUAGGCUAUCCGUUCCUUUUGCAAAAUUUGAAACGUAUUCUAAGCACUGAUUUACGUUAUCCUGCUCGCAGGGUAUGGUUAUGAAAUCCUUAUCCUUAUUGUAUUUCCAGCUCUGGUACGUUUUGUUCCAUUCGUAUGUGUGACAUAUUAGAAAUAUGUACUCGAAGUGGUUCUUAUAGUCGUUCUCCAACAUUUCCAGUAGGUAGUAUGUUUUCCCACAUCCGGUCAUUCCGAGAAUGAUCAUGUUGAAUGGUGUUUUCAGCGGUUCCAUCUUUUAUUUAAUAACUAAUACCUUGAAGGGUCUUUUCGCUGAUGUUUAUGAGUCCAUCUGAUAACACAAAGAUGUUACAGAGGAUGUCUUCAGACAUUGCGUCGGUUUCGAUCUCCAGAAGAAUUCCGGGAUUAUCACCAAGAAUCUUUUUCCCACUUCCAACGAUAUGGUUGUCAUCGACAGCCCUCAGGUCGAUCACCAGGGCGAAUUUAUCCCUGUAGAAUUUCCUGACGCUUAUGUUGUCGUUGCAGGCGUUGUUGGCUAUUCCGAAUAGUCUUUUUGCUUCGUCGUAGAAAUUCUCGUAUGUUAAGCCUUGACUGUAUACGGCAUUUGGUUUCCCCUCUAUCGUAACCUUUACCUUCUCCAUACUUGGGAAGACGUAUUCCUCGCUGUCGGUUAUUGUUCUUUUUCUGAAAAGUAAGACCACGGCCCUCAUGCUUUCCCUCGGAACGUCUAUGCUCUCGUUGAACCUCGUAGCACCCUUUGCCCACACGGUUGUUUUCAACAGUGUUGUAUGUUCGUAGGAUAGGGAUCUACCGGUCUCGUAUCCUUCGUUUACUCGUUUGGCUAGUUCUUCGUUCUCUAUGGUUUCGUAUUCCAGGUGUAUGUUUUUCAGCGUAUAUCCUUCCACCUUCUCGUUUGACUGUGCAACCAUAAUCUUGUCGGCUUUUGGAAGGGUUAUCGUGUACUCAAAUCCACUUUUCAUGUUGUACGGUGCGUAGGGAUCAUGGUCAUUAAGAAUUUUUCCAAGUUUCAUUUUCUGCUCCUUGUAUACCUUUGCCAUCAUCAGGUCAUAACCGCCGUCCUCCUUUGCGGUCUGAUCGGCACUGUCGUCCUUCGAUAACAUCUUUCUUGUGUUUUCGUUCAUAAUUCCGUAUUCUACCAUGUUCGCUCUUUUUGAAUCCAUCUUCCAGAGAUCUUUGUAGACUUCGAUGAGACUUUCACCGUUAUUGUCGUAUACUAUUUCACCUCCCACCCUUAUCAUGAGUCGCUCGCAUAGGAGUUUACCGAGGUUAUUCAUGAACCAGGAUUUGGUGUGUUCGUUCUUGAACUCGUACGAUAGGCGAAAUGAGCCCGGAACGAUACAGGUGUUUGGUUCCAGUUUUGGAACUACUAUGCGGAUGUCGUUCCCGGGGUUGGAUUCGUUUGGGGUGAAUGUAACGAAGUUACAUACCCUGUUCCCUACAACGUUGGAGGUCAGUGCCCUUUUGAAAGCGGGCGUAAGUUCCUUACUUCUUUCAUCCAUUCCUUUCAUUAUAGUAUAUUAAUUAUUAAAUUUUUCAAACCUUGGUUUCACUUCGCUCUGCCUACGGUCCGACUCAUCCUGUACUUGUGGUUCUGCUAUACGAUCGGGCUUGUCCGCAGGUCUAGCCCUACGGUAUAUACAAUAGAUUCCUCCUAGCACAGCUGCUGUGACUCCAGCGUAAAUCAACGUAUUUACCGAAUCACCUUGAUCGAGGUUAUUUUCGGCGUUACGUCUUUCUUCAACCCUCCUUGCUUUUGCUUCCCUAGAUAUUGCAGCCAGUCUUUUACCUGAUUCUACCCUUCUCGGAUCCUUCGGCCUUUGGGUCUUUUCUGCUUUUGCUAUUGUCGGUUCACUCAUGCUUUAUUUAAUAUACUUACUUUUUAGAAUUUUUAGUCAAAUUUUAGUCAAAUUCUAGUCAGAGCUAGUUGCAACAUAACCCUAAGUAGGUUUCAGCAUAACCUUAACUGGGUUUAGCAUCUAGUUAAAUUCUAGUUAAAUCUAGUCAAAUUUUAGUCAAAUUCUAGUCAGAGCUAGUUGCAGCAUAACCUUAGCUAGAUUUCAACAUAACCUUGACUAGGUUUAGCAUCUAGUUAAAGUCUAGUUAAAUUCUAGUCAGAGCUGGUUGCAACAUAAUCUUAAAUAGUUUCAAAAUCAACUUAAGAUAAUUUCGAAACCAACUUAAAGAAAUAAUUUUCCAUAUAAUAAAAGAUAUGGACUUUCCUAUGACAGUACCGGAAGAGAUCCGUCAGUUGGAGCCGCCUCCCUCAAAUUGGUUGACUCUCUUCGGACAGGCGAAAAAGGAGUAUCUAGAUCUUCUUGCUUUAGAGGAACCUGUGAAGUUUCCGAACAAGAAUUUCUGCUCUGAGGGACACAGACAUCAUCUCGUCUCCACGGGCAAGUUUCGAAUGUGUUGGUCAUGUGGAUUAGUUGUUGGUAGGAUCCUCAAUCCCGGUUACGGCUACGGUUGUAGGGGCAGUGUGGUGGUGAGAAACCGGGAAACGGACACUGAUGAUAGGUUCAGAUCGUUCUGUACCAGGAGGAAAAUAACAUAUUCCGAUUUAUCGACACAUGAAAGACGUUUGAUAGCGGAAGACAUUCGUAAAGUUUACGAGACAGAAAAACCUGAAAGAAAGAGACUUCCUAAUCUCAAUAUUCUAACUUACCAGCUAUGUAAAAGGCAUAACAUAAAGUUAAACGAGAAGCUUCUUAAUAUUCCGGUAAGCAAAGCUUCACACGACCGGUGCAAAAAAGUAUUCCGGACACUGGGCUGGGAAUACAUUGACCAGUCAUCGUCCCUGUAGGCAGUGAUGUAUACCUGAUGCCUAGCGGUAUAUAGUUCUGUGACGUGGGGGACUGGUAAAAAAAAGGACGUUAUGUAAAAUUUUAAUGCUUACUUAACAUUAAAAUUGGAAUAGUAAUUUAAGAGUGAUGAUGAUGAGAAGAAUUUCAACCGUUAUUGGGAUGAGUAGGCAGCACACCAGACUCAUCCAUAUUAGUCUCCACAGUAUCCGGGUUCUGAUCAUUUACUUUAUCAUACUUUUUUACCGCUGUACUAACGUAUCCGAUUUGGGUGUGAGCAUUGAUAGUGAGAUCACCACGUUCUAUACCAAUUCCGAAACUGCACAUUUUCCUUUUCCGAUGGUUCUUGUCGUACUUCACUUCGUCUAUGGUCUCGGGUUUUGUGUGUAAACAUCCCAUUUUUAUUUGUUCUUCUUUUUAUUUUUCGCUGACUUUGGUUUUUCUCCAUUCACAGUUUUUGUUGACGGUCCCGCUUUGUCUUCCUUACACGACGUAACGUACUUGAUGUUGGUUGUCUUGGAUUUAACGUAACCGAGAUUCAGUCCGCCUUUACUGAGUUUUAUAUCGACGUUGACGGUCCUAUCCCUUUUUAAAUUUUCCUUAACUUUAAUUCUAUCGCUAUUCAUUUCUUUUAUUAAUACGAAAAGAAAAUCCAUCUCGAAGUGAUAACCCCACCGACAAACAUAGUGCCGAGAAGGUAAAUCAGAUUGUUUGAUACUUUCGGUAGUAUGCUUACCGUGUCAGGAUGUGGUAUGGGGUUCCGGUCUUUGUGUGGUAUAGGGUUUUGGACUUUUACAUCCGGACUUUUCUUUAUCUCCUUAGGCUUUGAGUAGUUAACAUUCGCAUUGCUACCAAACCUCAUGUCCUUUGUUGCUAGUGUCAGUGUAUUGUUGUAUCCUGCUAUCUUUUCCUUAAGUAUAAUCAUAUUGGACGGUAUUAAUAUUAAUCCGGGUGAUAUUGCCAUGUUAAAUACAACGUUAGUAUCCUUUAUUGCUUUCCUCAUGUUGGAGAUAGAUACCGAUACAUCGUCUUGCGCAACGGUGUCUUUGAAAAGUUUGUGAAAUACGUCCUGAGUUUGCAGGGACUUCGCUCCCUUCCCAAACGAUGGACCAGCGUGUUUGUACUUGCGCACCUAAUACGCAAUAGACAUAACUUUCGACAGACUGUUGAAGUAACUUUAAUCCUAAAGGCGUCAACCCGUCUGAUUUCUUGGCAAUGAACCAGGUGUAAUCCGUAUCGCUGUUGUUAGUGACCCUGUCUACUUCCUGAUAACUAAUUCCCAUUACACCACCGCUAUGGUAGUAUGAAUAUCUAUAGUUUCUAACCCUACUCUUAUCUGGAAGCCUGUUGUGCCAGAGACCUAUUUCCAUUUGUCCUCGGUGGAAUUUGUUAACCCAUGUUUUCCGUGUGGGCAUGUUUCUCUGCAGGGAUUUUAGCAUAUCUUUCGUUACAUAUUUUGUCAUUUUGCUCGGAUUUCUGAGAGACCUACGCAUGUGGUAGUAUAGGUGAUACCUAGCAAUACUCGUGAUUAUCUUUGAGGUUCCCUUGCUUUCCAGCAGAUGUUCUGUACUUAUUCCACACUUAUACGUGAUAAUGUAAGCAGCCAGUAUCGAUGCAAAAUAGGGGUCUUUUAUAUAAUUGAACUUUACCCUGGUAAUAUCCUUUGCGGUCCCAGUCCACUUUGUGUCGAGAUCGGCAAAGUUGGUUACAAAACUGUUGUGAGAGGUGCUGGUGCAGUCGCAAACGUAAAUUUCAAACCUAUUUAUUUUGUACGGAAGUGGAUCCCUGUUAUGACUAAAGGUUUGAAGUCAAAUUUAGACAUUUCUGCACCCGGAUAUUUUUUCCUGAAAUCCUCCUUCAUCUUCCGUAUUUCUACGGGUAUUGCCGUCUUUACUUUUUUGUAGUUCUGUCCAUAAUAUUCGCGGAAUAUGUUUCCACUGGUACUCAUUUUAUUUAAUGCAUGUAAUAAAAAUGAAGAAGUUAACAGUGUUUAUCGUGUAUGGAUCUACCGAGUUUUUCCCGGACAAGUGUAUUACGACGAACGCAGAGUCGGAAUUAAUCCUAAAGAACGCAACCAUCUACUGGGCUUAUAAAAACGUACGUUUGAAUGCCAACGAUAAUAUUACCUAUGGACAAAAGAAGAUUACCUUCGAAGAUGGGUACUGGACCUUUGAUGCAAUAAAGAAAAAACUGAAGGCAGACGGAAUAACAAUAGAACGUAACACACACAAUAAUACCUGCAGGAUCUAUCCGGCAACCAAGGUGAACGUACAUUUAAACAAAUUUGCUCCACUAAUUGGAUUCCCCUAUCCUAUAGAUAUUAAUCACGGUCUUAAAUAUGUUACUAUCGACUGUGAUGUUGUUAAUACAUCCCUAAAUUUUGAUGUAAACGGUAAGGGAAGUUUUACAGUGAGCACAUUACCCGUGCCGUCUGACCAGCAUCUGAACGGAGCAACAACAUUUUUCAAGGAUAUUGGAAGUAGGGUUUAUGUUAAUAAUGGUUCCCAUAACAGAUUCACCUUCAGUAUCAGUACGAACAUUGGUGGUAAGGUUGAUAUGUCUGCACUUCUUGAAUUUUAUAUCACAUGAAUAAAAAUGGAAGAUAAACACUUUGUUAUCGAGCAAGGGUUAAGGGAUAUCUAGGUGCAGGUACCAGGUGCAGAUGGAUUUAGUGGAUAUGGAAAAAUACAAAAAUCAGAACAAAGGAUAUUACUGGAUAUUAACAGCUGUAGAGAUCCUGAGCCGGUACGGAUUUGCUAUUCCCGUCUACAGAAAAGAUACGAAAAAUAUGACGAAGACUGUGAACUUAUUAUUGGAUGAAUUCAAGAAAAGGUUUGGGAAAUAUCCGGAAGUUGCUCAGUUCGACGAGGGAAAGGAAUUCUACAAUGUUGGUGUUAGGAACCUCUUACAAAAACACAACGUGCGCUAUUUUUCCACGAACUCUGACAGAAAGGCAGCCAUCGUUGAAAGAUUCAACAGAACCUUGAAGACAAUGAUGUGGAAGUAUUUCUACAGCAAGGGGACUUACAAUUGGAUCGAUGCCAUAGACGAGCUCACGAAUAACUACAAUCAUACCAAACACAGCAGUAUACUAAUGUACGGUGGCCGAUAAGGGCCACCUCUGCUGCAUGGAAACGCGACUGUGCUGCAUGGAAAUGCAACUGUGCUGCAAGGAAACACGACUGUGCUGCAUGGAAACACAACUGUGCUGCAUGGAAACACGACUGUGCUGCAUGGAAACAUGACUGUGCUGCAUGGAAACACAACUGUGCUGCAUGGAAACACAACUGUGCUGCAUGGAAAUGCGGCUGUGCUGCAUGGAAAUGCGACUGUGCUGCAUGGAAACACAACUGUGCUGCAUGGAAAUGCGGCUGUGCUGCAUGGAAAUGCGACUGUGCUGCAUGGAAAUGCGACUGUGCUGCAUGGAAAUGCGACUGUGCUGCAUGGAAAUGCGACUGUGCUGCAUGGAAACGCGACUGUGCUGCAUGGACAUGCGACUGUGCUGCAUGGACCAUAGAUGGACCAUGCUACUGUGCUGCAAGGAAAUGCAAUAAACAUUGUUUUCUAAAUAUAGAAAACUUCCCCCCCCCCCGGCUAGAAUGUUUAUUCAGCCGACGGGGUCACGGGGGGGAUGAAAAGUUUCAUGACACCACGACCACGAGGACGUCUGUCUCGACGAGGAAUAUCGAAAUUCGAAAAGCAUAAAAUUUAAAAGAAAAUAUAUCGAAGAUUCGAAGAUAAAUUAUGGUUUCAAAAAUGUCUUGAAAUUGACAAUGAAAUCGUGUUGCCAUUGUGGGGAGCAUUUCCCAGACAAGACAAAUUUUUGUUCAAAUUGUGGGAAGACGCUGCUCAACAGUAAGUAUCCUGUACCAUUGUUUAAUAAAUUAUGUAUUUAAAAUAUAUUAUAAAUGCAUGGAUGGGAGGUGUAUAUUAAAUAAGGAGUCAAAGUCGAAGUGACGAAAUCUAUAAUGUGCAUUUGGGAUAAUUGUUUUACUGACAUAUUGUUUGACAUUGAAAAGUCUGGAGUUUUAUAAUCUUGUUCUUGUAUAUAUAUUUAUAUAUAAUUAUAUACUGUAUAUGUAUUAUGUGGAGCUACUGUCUAAGAGCCUGUUUAUAUGGAAGCCGGGCCGGCCCGCUUAGCGAGACAGCCUGGUAGCAAAAUUUUCGCUGUGUAGUUAUUUUUAUACUAGUAAAAAUUAUUGUGCUGUUUGUGAUGCUACUCUGAGUAUAUAUCCGCACCGGGGAAGCUUGAAAAAUAUGCCUGGCCAUGGUGGGAAUUGAACCUACGACCUUGCCUAUGACCUUUGGAGUACUAGGCCAAUUAUUGUGCUUUUAUAUGGACAAGCGGGUUGCCGAGAUCUUGCUUGAAAGAGGCGAGAUCUUGCUUACCAGGAUGGGAAUUUCUCCAUAUAAACACUCAAAGUUCAAAGGCACUGCUGCAAGCUAUUUUUAACAACUGUCAAAACAAUAUCAAUGUAUCAAAAUUGUCUCGGCAAGCGGGAUGAAAUUUUCUCAUAUGAAUACAAGAUAAAUUCAUCCUGCUUACCGGGCUGUCUCGCCUGGCUUCCAUGUAAACAGGCCCUAAGGGGAUGUUCAUAUGUAUGUGAUCCAGUGUUGGUAUCAUAGUUAGCUCACUUUACCAAGUUGAUUUUAUCCCACAAGACUUGAAGAAGGGCUGGCUUGCCAAAACAAACCACUGCAUCUUUUUAAUAAUGCAAACAAAAAUAUGCUAAUUUUAACAAUAGUAGAGUCUGUCUCCCCCUUGCAGCAGAUUGUAGCUCUAUUGGCUGCCUCCAUAAAAUAAAAUGUCCAGGUACACAUUGAUGCACUUGUACUGACUGAUCUUUGGUAAGCUAUUGAAUAAACUCACCAGGACAAUAGGAAAGUUCAUACAUGUUUCAUGCGGACAACCUUCCUAACCCCUCCCCCCAUCUUCCCUGCCAAUCACCAGGUAAUGAAAACCUGUGGGUGUUUCCAUAUGAGAGCCUUAAUUUAAUUAGUGUGAUAAGUGUGCAUGAGAGCCUUAAUUUAAUUAGUGUGAUGGCAGUGAUGCCCACCCACUUGUUGCCCUGCCUCAGGGGAUGUAGCUUGCUCACAGGCUCUAUAUAUAGAGCCUGCGACUUUUAUUGAUAUUUUUUCAAUACGCCCCCUUUGAGAUCAUUGAAUAUCCGGUAAAUAGUAGCCAAUCAAUGUAAGUUUUGUUAAUUAGAUUACCAGAGGUUAUUAACAACAACAAACAGUUUCUUGAGCAAUUUUACCUGUAUCUUUCACUAGGAUUCCAAGGUCUAAACUUUAAUCUAAAAUAAUGCAUGGCCGCCGUUUUUUUCCUAAAAUGUUCUAAUAUUUAAAACAUAGUCCCGCUUGUAUAUUGCUGUCUUGUUCGUACAUUACCGUUUUAAAUUAUGCUACUAUACUACAGACACGUAAAAUUUUAUUCUAUUAUAUUAAUGUAUUUUAUACAUUUAUAUCCAAAAUAUAACUGUAAGAUUUAAGGAAACGUGUUUUAAUAGCUUUUGAACAAGCACUAUUUAUUAAAAGUGUCGAACAAUAGCAGGCUAAAAAACAACAGCAAACAGUUCUUACAGGUGAAGUGUAACAACUAGUAUUUAUAGUUUUUAAUGUUUACAUUUAUUGCGUGAAGUCUGCUCAAUAAUACAAUUAACUACUCAAUAGACAAUUUGAAAACCCGUGGCCGUGGCAUCGAUUCUGCCGUGUUUAAUAACUACAUUUUUUUGUAAAAAGCUCUUGUUGUAAUAAUAUAUGUCACUAGUUGAGAGUCCCAAAAAGAAAGUCUCAAAGAGCGAGCGGACUUCGAUCAAAGAACACGCAAACGACUAUUGCAGAAUUUGCAGGUGUAAAUUCAAAUUGGCCAGGUGUUCUAUAUAAGAACGACUUUCCUCGGUGGCGUCUGUUCUAAUAAUUUGCCCAUUGUCUUGGCUUAUUCAAGACCAGAUUGUUGAGGCAGAAAGCCUUGGGUUGACAGAUAAGUAUUUGCGAGAAAUGUUCGGAGGCAUUUGACUAUCAACUGCUUUUAUACUAUACCUGAUUCACUGCCUGUGUCUCAACGAACGUCUCGCUGGGCUUGUUCAACGUUGGUAAUAAUUCUUUUGAAAACACACAGAAGUCUCGAAGCUUUCUGCCGAAGUGACGCAAACGCGGUUAGAUAAAUUGUCAGCCUGAACUAGACUUAUUUUACUUUCUCUGCAAAGGAUCAGCAAGGCAUACGUCGAAGUUUCCCCUUGUACGUCUAUUUCCCCGGUUUAUAGCUGACGAAGACAAAGUAUUGGUAUAUUAAACUUUUAUCAAAUCCCGUUGGAAGUACAGUUGUUGCUAACCUUUGCUCAUCCUUCAACAUUAAUUUAAAUUGAAAGGUUUCUCGAAUACAUUCAGUUACUUCUUCGAAGAGAUAAACAAAGUCAUGGUUUUAACCACAGAAUAAGGCACACAGAAGGGCCACCCUGGCCGCCAUCUUCCUAGCCAGUCGAUUACAUUUUCUGGCCAAUAAACGCGCUGUAUUGGCUGAAGGCCCCGGGCGCCUUCUGGCCAGUCAACUGCAUAUUUUUGCAUAGAAAAAUGGCGACACGUUGCACCGCUGAGUGGCCCUUCUGGUACUGAUCUUUAUUCUGUGGUUUUAACACCACUGAUUGAAUGCAAGCUAAAAUUACCCAUUUCGAAAUGUCGUACGAGUUAAAUAUUUACACGAUAUUAACUCUUGGGGCACUUCUGACCAAUGGGAAUUUUGCGUACGCUCCGUGCGCAUAAAUCGACUUUUUACUAAUAAAGGUCGCAGGCCGUUCCUCCCAGCCUCUGUCUGACAACGGCCUGCGAGCAGGCUACAGGGGAUGGGAUAGUUAGGCUCACCAGUUCUGUUUGAGAGCAAUUAUAAAAGAGAAAACAUAUAUAUUGUAAUCUAUUGUACCUUUGAACAGUGUCCAUUGUAAAUUUUGAAAACAUAAAGCACAGCAUUUAGUAUUGUAUGCAAUGCACCCACUUUUGGAAGUUUAUAUUUUGUGAUAAUUGUGAUAAUUAAUUGGCAGGGGGGGGGGGAUUUCUCCAUGACUCUUCAAACUUACAGUAGGUUAAACACUUAAACUAGACGAGUUCAUUAAUUUAAUGCUUUUCCACUUCCAGGUUUAUCUAAUAUACCUCAAACUUCUACUUCCUCAAAACACGAGUCUGAGAGUGCAGGGAAUCGCCACCCCCUAACGUAUGAGCAAUUUAGAAAACGAAAAGAAUCCAGCAGAACAAAUGUUUUACCAAAGAAGGCUAAAUCUUGCAAAGCCAAGCAAAAUGACAAGCCAGAAGUCGUUAAAAUACAAAUCGGUAUUAAAGAAUUUAGUGGAGAUGGUACUCUUAAAAUGCUAAAAGGAAGAACUCUUCCAGUUGCCGUUAAUAAUAACAUUAACGCGAAUGAUCUACUUCAAAUGGCAUUAGCGAAACACAACAAACAUUUUCGUUCGUUCAAUGGAGAUAUGGAAUCCUUUGUUUUGCUUUAUCCCGAUAACACAACGGUAAAUUUACUCCCAGGAUCUAGUGAGUUUUUUUCUUUGAAAGACUACAAAAAGGACUUAGGAAAGCCAUAUUCAAGGAUAAACUUUUAUUUAUGUCAUGUGGAUUGUCUUAAAAAAUUUGAAGCAGACAUCAAUUCGGAAGACAGUUUGGAACGGGAAUACGAAAACGAUCAGUCAGAGUCAAGCGGUGGCAGGAAAUUAUCCAUGUUAAAAAACACUCAGCCCAUUCGCCCAUUCUUAUUCAAUAAUGAAAAUGAUGAUUAUAUUCCUCCAGAUGCAAAAUGUACUUACCAGUCAACUGCAGAGAAGAAUGUUGCAGUCGCGUGCCCCACAUGCUAUCAACAGUUUCCAGUCGGUGAGAUUGAAACGCACGCUGAUGUUUGCGCAUCACAAUUUGAUCCUAUUGGCACAGUAAAUAUUGAAACAGAAUCGGAAAUACCUGGUGAUGAGGAUAUGCACCUGUUAUGUCUUGAAAACCCUUUGCAAGCUCCAAUCACUGGCGACAAAAAUGAUAAUGCUAGUAACGCAUUAAGAGAACAAAUUAAAGAAGCUAUAAUCGUACUUCAGACCAAUGUUGACCAAAAUGUAAAUAGAUUGUCUAUCCGCAGACGAUACGCAUUUCAGGAUUACGCUGCUGCACGCCGAAAGCCACGCCGAAAGUUUCACCCAAACGGGAUGCUGAAAAUAUCUUUUAUUGGCGAGCCAGCUGUCGAUGACGGAGGACCACGGCGUGAAUUUUAUUCAGGUAUGUAGUGCAUGAAUCAUUAUAAUCAAGAUUUUCUUGACAAAUUAAAGCAGAUCAUUUAGUGAAUACAAUUUUGAUUUUUGACCCCUGAAAGUGGAAGGAGAUAGUAACUUCGAGAGCACAUGCAGGUUGCUUUUUAUCCCUGAGUUACAGUAACUAAGACUGGUUACAGCAGGUCUAGACUUGCUCCAAGUCUCUCUUUCAUUGUCAUAUAGUAUCGAUCCACUAUAGUGUACAUUACAUGACGUAGUACGGAGGGGCGGAGCGAGAAAGAGAGACUUGUCAACUUCGGAAAAUCUCGGUUCAAAACUGAACCGAAAAUGCAAGACUUGCUUUAGUUGUUUUCUGUCAGUGUUUAUAUGUAUUGAUCUAGCAUAGUGUAAAUAACAUGAGUUCCAUUAUAGUAAAUAAUACAGAAAGAAAUUGAAGGAAAACUGCGCCCCUCCGUACUACGUAAUAUGUUAUGUACACUAUAGUGGAUCGAUAUGACAAUGAAAGAGAGACUUGGAGCAAGUCUACAGCAGGUCAGGAACAUGGAAUUUACUUUGGUUCAGUAACUUCCAUGUGCUUACAACUCAUGCAUGCAUGUAUUGUAUAUGCUGAGUUUGGUUGUUUCUCUCUUGUGCUUUGAGGAGAUAUAUAUUCUCUGAGUACCUUAGCUUGUAAACCUGGCUUUGUCAAUCGACGACUUGCGCUUUAGACUAAAUUUUAAUUUAAGUAAGAACAACGAAAUCUAUCGCCACAGCUGGAAAGAGUGUCUUGGAAUUAGUAAUAUUACAAAGUUUGGUUGCAAAAUGUUGUAAAAUACGGAAAAUAUAGCCCUUCAAAGUUGGCAAAUUUGGAUACUUUUGUAUUACGUGCGUGAAUUGGUAACUAAAUUAGUUACCAAUUUCCGCACGUAAGAGAAAUGUAUACAAAUUUACCAACUUCGCAGGGCUAUAUUUUCCGUAUUUUACAACAUUUCACAACCAAACUUUGCAGUUUUUCUAAUUUUGAUAACUUCUUUCAGAAAAUAUCCUUUGUAAUUCCCAGAUUAAAUUUUUUUCUAAAGCGUAAGUCGUCCAUUGGGUUGUAAAACUUGUUUUUAGGCUGUUCGUCCAUGUGAGAGCGAUAAACAUAUUAAACUAAACUAAAAGUAAACUGGGGAAGGGGUGAUGGCGUGUAUCAUGUUUUUUUUUCCUUCCAUUUUUUAUUCAAAAGUAUACAGUAGGUAGACAUUUUUGAGUAAAAAGUUAUUCAAUUAAGUUGCCAAAAAUUUAAAAAGUAAUUAAAAGGUAGCCAUUUUGUUAGAUCAAGAAAGCCAACCAGCCAGGUGAACUACCAAAAUCCAAAUUCAUUUGUUUCAACUCCGCCUCCAGCUAUCAAUCACAAUCAUGCAGACAAAGAAACAAAAUGGUGGCUCAAACUUUUGUUGUCCAUAUGGAACAACCACUGAAAAUUUUGAGGCAAUUUGCGCUUCGAUUGAUUGAUUUAUUGACGUUACUAAUCAGUAUGACUUUUAAAAACAGAGGCAUUGGAACAAGUGAACCGAAGGCUGUUUUGCAAUGGUUCUCCAGUUGUUAACAUGGCAGCUCUCGCAGAAGAAGAAUUUAAAAUUGCUGGCGAAAUUAUGGCUAGCUCUAUUGUUCAAGGUGGCCCAGCACCUUGCUUUCUGAGCUCUUCAAUGUAUGCCUACAUUGUGAAUGGUGUUGGGAGCGUUAGGGCGGAUGAUGCUGACGAAAUUGUGGAGGAUCUGCACAUGAAAAACGCCAUCAAUAAGGUACAGUACCUGGCUAUAACUUAUCCUUGGGAUCUCCGAGUUUUUAGAACUGUAAUCAGCGAGGCAGGUCAUACAAUUAUACCAGCAAUAGUUUCGACCCAUGUGAUUUUCCGUUAAUUUAGCAUCAAUAUAGGGUAAAUUCAAGUUUGUAUAAAACACCACCUACAGUAUAUUUAUUUUUCAAAGCGAAAUAUACAUCAUUGCAAUAAAUAAAAUUUUAUGUAUUGUUUUCAAUGAAUAUUUUGACAAAUGUUGCUCUGAGUGUAUAUACACACCGGGCAAGUUUGAAAAAUGUCUGUCCAAGGUGGGAAUCGAACCUACGACAUUUGAAAUACUAGCCUAAUGCUCUGCCAACUGAGCUACGCGGUCAGGUCGGUUCGAAUAUGUGAUAUUCCGGAACAGAACAGAGCAUAAUUGGGCUAAUAUUCCAAAGGUCGCAUGUUCGAUUCCCAUCGUGGACAGGCAUAUUUUCCAAGCUUGCCCGGUGUGGAUACACACUCAGAGUAAUAUCACAAGCAUCAUAUUCACCUGAGUACAUCACACCAACACAGAAAAAAUCAUUAUUGCUAGAUUACAUUAAUAUCGAAGGAACUAGAUUCUGUUCCGAAAUAUCACAUAUUCGAACCGACAUGACCGCGUAGCUCAGUUGGCAGAGCAUUGGGCUACUAUUCCAAAGGUCGUAGGUUCGAUUUCCACCGUGGACAGGUAUAUUUUUCAAGCUUGCCCGGUGUGGAUAUACACUCAGAGUAACAUCACAAGCAUCAUAUUCACAUGAGUACAUCACACCAACACAGAAAAAUUUUAUAUAUUGUUUUCAAUGAAUAUUUUGACAAAUGCAGUAUAUUGUUAUGCUUUGCUUUGUAGUUACGUGAAUGCAAUGAUGAUGGAGCAUUCAAAAGUACCAUAAUGUUAGACGAGGUUUUUGAUAUACUUGAGAAAGUGGGCUAUCGGGGAGUGCCAUCAAGGGAAACUUUGGCCUCCAGAGAUGCAAUUGUGAGGUAAAUAAUACUUGACUCUUGAGAUACAUAUAAUGUUGAAGUACAUUAACAUGGGAUUGGAUGAUGUAUUAGCCAAUGAGCGUUCAGAAUUUACAAAUGCUAUACUAUAAUUAACAAAUAUAAAACAUUUUCCGUGUUGAUAUACAGUUAUAUCAACACGAGUGGAAAUUGGGAAAACGAGAAAUCGUGUGGAAUCACGACACCCGAUGGGCUGAGGCAAAAAAAAUGUGGGUUUCCGUUCUCCCGACUCUACCUAGCUUUUGGACGCCGAAAUCUUUUUUAUUGGGUCAUGCUUGUAAGUGUUUCCACUUAGAGGAAACGUUUGUGAAAAAUGAAAAUUUGAGGCAAUAUUAGGGAAAUUUAUCUUUAAAUGUGGAAGCACUGACUAAACAAAAUGGCGUCCGGUUGUUAGGAAAAUUAAAAAAAAAAGUUAAAAAAAAAGUUAAAACCGACCUACCCUAACUACGUUUUUACAAGAAGAAAUAGAAACCCACAUAUUUUUUUGGCCUGAGUGUUUUCACACAAUUUCGAGUUUUCCCAAUUUCCGCAAGUGUUGAUAUAAUUGUAUAUCAAUACGGAAAAAAUGUUUCAUGUUUGUUUUAUAAUAUAGCACAAAGAAAGAAAUUUUCCGACGUUUCCGUGUUGACAUUGAUUUGAGUUAUAUCAACACGACUCUUAGCCAAUCAGCGUUCAGAAUUUACAAAUGCUAUGUUAUAAUAACAAUUAGAUGAUGAGCUCAAGAUAUGAGGUGAUAGUCGAAUCGACGAAUACAUAACGAGUUUAGUUAGUAGCCAAUCAGAAUGCAGAUUUGCAUUAGAACUCGAGUAAGUUUUUACUAAUUGUCAUUAGAAUUAUACUAAUACUAUUUCCUCGAUAGAUAGCGAGUAGCAAAACAAUCAUUUUCCCAACUCCGGACUCUGAGGACGAACCUGAUUGUUUACUUGAGAUUCUACUAAAACAAUUAGAUCACUCGCUCUCAAUUUCCGAAGUGAUAAUUGAUUCGGGUUUCGUCCUCAUCAACUAUCACCUCAUAGAAAUCUCGAGCUCGUAAUCUAAUUGUUGAUUAGUACUAAAAACGCACUCGAAUUCUAAUAAAAAUGCUGCAUUCUGAUUGGUUACGCUACUCGCUAUCUAUUCGUCACUACUCGCGAUCUAUUCGAAACAGCCUCCUCGGCGGGAUUUUUCGUAAUUUUAUUACGAAUAACAUGUAAAAAGGUUUUGUAAUGUAGUUUUCUUACUGGUUUUUACUAAAUUGUCUAUUCGCUCUCGAUUGCUAUGAAGUGAUAGUUGAUUCAGCUUCGCCCUUAUCGACUUUAACCUCAUAGAAAUCUUGAACUCAUAAUCUAAUUGUUAAUUAGAAUAUAAUUUUUUAUGUUACAUUUGUUAGGUCAAUUGUUAUGUACGAAUUUAGCUCAAAAAUGCCCAUGUUAGACCAAAUGGUGGAGGGUUUGCGUUCGUUUGGAAUGCUUGGAUGCAUUAAGCAGAAUGCCAAACUACUAGAACAAGUGUUCACAAGUUCUGCCACGUUCUCGGUUCAUGCUGAAUUAUUCCUGGAAAAUAUUGUUGGAAACUUCAGCGAAGCAGGUUCUAAUUACAAACAAGUUGAAAUUAAUAUAUUUAAGUUUUUUAGUGACUACGUUGAGGAUUGCGAUGAUCCAGGUAAGGUUCUUUAUUUCAUUUUUGGUUCCUGUUUUUCUAUUACAUAAACCUGCUCUGGAGUAUCGUCUAAAGGGGGCAAGCCACCUUAAAGGCACCGUCAUUGUUUGAGCGGUGUUAUUUAGUACGAUAUGUGAUUUCAUAUAUACGAAGUGCGAAAGUCGGCUGGCGGGCUGCUAUUAUGUUUUUGCCUGAAGGGCAUCAGAGGGAUGGCAUCUGUAAUGCUAUUUGUUUAGAGUACGUAAUAAGCUUUGAAAUGAUAUAUAACAUGUCCAAUGGGACUGGGCAAGAUAAUAUUUUAAACCCUCUUAUCUAUAUAAACAAAUAGUGUUAUGGUAUAUAUGCAUAUAUAUUUAACAUUAAUAAGACGCUAAGAUUCCUGUUUAUGUUCUUUAGAAAAUCCUGCAGGUAAUCUACCGAAACUAUUACAAUUCAUUACUGGCACAAGGGCAUUUCCUCCUCUUGGUUUUACUGGGUUGAUGACAGUUAAAUUUAAGCAUGGCUGUCCUGAUAUGUGCAGAUGCAGACCUACGUCAUCCACAUGCGAUCUGAGCAUUACUUUACCGGUACAUUGCCAUGGUCAAGAAGACUUCAAUAUGUUAAUUAAUUCUGCUGUCGUUGAAAGCGUUGGUUUUGGUAAUUUGUGAAUGCAGAUUUUACUGCUCACCGAAUUGUCUAUCGGUCAAUUUAAGCCAAUUUGAGGUUGGCGUUUGUUUCGUUUAAAUAGUUAAUGUUCGGUUUGGCAAUGCCAAUAAGUUGAUUUUUUCAGAACUGACACAAAGGGUCAAAGUCGGUGUCACAUUUACAUGGAAGCAUGGACUUGGGACCUGUUCAUAUGGGGAAAAGUUAUCCUGGUUAGCGAGAAAGCAUUUCGACAGGCCAAAUAAUUUUGUUCUGUUCAUAUACAUGGAGAAACGUUAUCCCGCUUACCGGGUAAAAUUUCCGGCUGUGACUCAGCACUGAACAUCGAUUGAAUUGAUAAGUUGCUGACACGCUAAACGGGAAAGUUGUGUUCAUAUGCCAUGGGAAAAACAUUAUCCCAGUCACCGAGAUCUCGCUUGUCAACAAGCUUUUUGUCUCAUUAUAUUAUUUUCAUGCCAAGGCGAGAUCUCGCUUGUAAACUUGUCGAAAGUUUUCUCGCUAACCGGGAUAACUUUUGCCCAUAUGAACAGGCCUUAAGUAAUUAAAUUAAAGUUGAUGUUAUAUUUGGGCAAUUCUGGGCGUCAAUGAUUGUUGUUCAGAAAAUAGUUGAGUUUACUUAGUAUUUGUUCUUUUAUAUUCCACAUUAAUAUUAAAUUCUAAACACUAUACUACAUACCGUAUUUCUUCGUUCGGUGCUCUUUAAAAAUUGGGAGUUUUUGAUGUGGUGCUCGUGAGGGUGGAGCUCACGGGAAAAAAUUCCUACGUUUAUUAACUAUAUCAAAGAUUGAACUGAAAAAAAUUUUCAAAUCCAAAUUGAAAAACUUCCAUUUUUAGAAAAUGUAGGGAGCCACCUUAAUUAAUUACCUCAUGUCAUGCUCCGAAGAAAAAAACGCAGCCUAUAGUACGUAUGUAGGUGCGUUUUAACUAUGACACUGCUAUGUUCAUUAAACGUUGGUAAAGAUUAAAAGCUUCUUCUGGGUUACUUGGAUACUGUAUUUCUUCAUGCUCCAUUACAUAGUGAAAGUAUUCUUGGUACUCGUUCUCUUCUUCAUUGACCUCGUGUUGGAUAUCCAUUUCUACAAUUUUCGCAUCGGGAACUGCUUGUAGGUUAUCAACAGCUCCUGAUCUCUCAGGUAAGAAGAAAAGUAUCUCAGGAGACCCUGAAACACAAUCAUGCCUCGAUGGUCGUAUGUGGUGCGAAUUCCAGGCAUCCUUGGUUUUCUGAAAGUCUUCGUUUAAAACUGAGUAAAAACAAAACCAGAGGCAUUCUCUUUGGAGGUCAUUGGCCAGAUCAAAUAAACCAGAGCUCGACAUAUCUUUAAAAAAGUUGAUCCACCAGUGGGAUCGCAUUUUUCGAAAAUGGGACCACCAAUUUUCAAUUCGCUGGUUCCUUGUUGAUGUGCCGUAUUUAUGAGCAUUCUCCCCAGCAAAUUCGUCCUCCCCUUCAGAUCGAAAAUAACAUUGUAUUGCAGCCAUUUUUCCAUUCUCUGUUCCACAGUCAGUUCUUAUUAAAAGAGGGCAUCCACCAACUUCUUUUACUGUGUCAAGGAAAAGUCGUGCUGGAACAUCAGGUAAAUUGUUGGACCGCACUACCUCCAACCACAAUACUCUUCUGCUGUAGCCAUCUAUAGCGGCAUGGACAGGAAAACCGAAUGGUUUCAACUUGUCAUAACCUGUGAACAAUAAAUAUAUAUGGACAUUAUACUGUACUAAGCCAUAAAUCUCCAUUAUGUACCGUCUAGUGCAUUUACAUGCAAAAUAACACUGCCAGAGACACUUAAAACGAUUAAAAGACGAUUAUUUCCUUUUUGCCAGAAACUACAAUUUGGAAAGGUCUGCUUAUAAUAUCAUCAGUCUGCCUUAAAACAGCUGAAAGUAAAUAAAACAGAAAGAUUUUUAUUUUGUGGUAAUUGGUACUAACUCGCUGAUCUAGCUAUAAUAUAAUUGAUAUAGUCCAUUGGAAAAGUUGUAUUAUUAAUAAUAGAGCUUUUGUCUGAUUACAUUUCUUUGAUCAUAUAUCCCAUCUAAUACAAUUUAGGGGCCAAAGUUUUUAACUCACCAUCCACAUGCCAACAAUGAUUUGGGCCUGGUGACAGAUACUUUCGCCUUUUUAAUUUUCUAGAUCUCCUAGCAUUGCUCGCCUCUGGAUCCAGUUCCUUGAGAAGACGUGCAACCAAGUCUCUUGGGACAUGAACAUUAUGAACAAGUCUAAGCGCAUGCCAAAUUGUUCUGUAUCCAGAUUGUUCUCCAGCAUUUGCUAUUUCAAUUUUAAUAAGGUUCCUAAUUGUAUAAUCAUCUAUGCAAUUGUUUCGUCUCUUCAGCCCAUAUUUAUCAAGUUUUCUUUUCAGAGUACGUAAACUUAUGGAUAUUCCAUGGUGCGUUUGUAAAAAAUCAAGUAUUACUUCAUACGUAAAACCACGAUGGAAGUAAUACUGUAUAAUAUCUUUCUCUUCUGAUUCAUUCAUUGGUAUCUAGUCAUCUAUAAACAAUGAAAACCAAGAAAUGUACUAUAAGCAUCGCACUAAUUAAAAUAAGGCUUUAAAAUUCUUCCACAUCACCAUAGGUUUUUAAAAACUGGUAUCAGUACCGACUGGCAGGGAAGAGCGGGGGGGAGGUUAGGACGGUUGGUUGCAUGAAAUGAUUUUGCACUUUCCUAUAGGACUUUCCUUGUUGGGAAUUAAAACUUGUGUUAUCUUGUACAAAAACUUCAUGUAAUAAAAAAUAUAUAUUAGACUUUCAUCGCUGGUUUGGUUAGUACCCUGUUCCUAAGGAAAAACAGGCUUGACCAAUCGGCUACAAUUUUGGUUGAAUGCUGUAUUGUGGAUCAAGGCGUAUAUAUACACUAAUAGUAAUACUGGUGAGUUUAUUCAAACCCUAUGAUCCUUACAAGUGCAUUAAUGUGUACCUGUAGAUUUUAUUUUAUGGAGGCAACCAAUCUUAAAAUGGAGCUACAUUCUGCUGCAAGGGGGACAAAGGCUCCAGUGGGAUCUCCCCCAUGGAAUGUUGGCUCUAAUACUAUUAACAUUAAAAACUAGCAUAGUUUUGUUUGCAAUUUAUUAAAAAGAGGCACACCCACUGUUAUUCCGUGAUAAAACCUGUUUAUUAAUUACCAGCUGUAGUAUUUCCACAAAAUUCUGGAGUCAUGGGUUUGCUUCUAUGGGGGCGUACCUGGGCUGGCCCAGUUUAGUAGGCAAGAUCCUGCGUUUGUUAUUAUUUCCUGCUAUUUAAAUUUCAUUUUGCAUUUAUAUGGGAACCUGUCCUUCCUAAGUGAGAUCCCGCCUCGAGUUCCAAUUCCCUAUAGAAGCCUUCAAGCACCUAUAGAGCUCUAUAGGCUUGUAGGCAUCCCAAUAGGUCACCUAUAGAAAAUGUUCCAAUUGUCUAUAAAAACCUAUAGGUUUCCUAUAGGAACCUAUAGGUUGGCCUAAUUAGGCUAGGCCUAUAGAUUUUUUUUGUAAGGGUUAGAAACACCUGAGAAGCGUAACAAAGUCUGAAACCAUUUAACGAUUUUCUAGACAGCAGAAAUCGAUGUUAACACAAACACAUUUUACUGACUUUAACAUUAGAGCUUUUAAAGGACUGUGGAAAUCAUUGCGAGGCACUACGAAACAUUACGAGCGUCUUACGAUGGUUCACGAAGUCAAUGAAGAGGUACGAAGAUAUACGACAACGACGUUUACGAUGAAACAAAGAAACCUCGAGAAAGAUAACAGCGGAAAGCAAAUUUAUUCAUUUUUUUAACCUAAAUAUUAAAUUUGGGCCGAGUCUUAAACGUAAACAUUCACAAGUUAGGGUAAAAUAUUGGUAAAUUCAGGACCCUAGCUAGCCCUUCUAGCUCUUCACGAUUCACGGCACGCAUAUUAUUAAUCAUGAUUCACGGAAUGGUAUUUCUUCAAAUCACGAAUAAUUGCUAAUCACGAGUCACAAAAAUACCCUUGCCCUCCCCCCCCCCCCUCAAUUGCAAUUUGGUGAAUAUGCUGGCUCGCCUAACUGGGUCAAGUGUUAUUGGCACAUUGCUCAGUUCACAUGAAUUAUUACAGCUGUAUUGUUGCUAAUAAGAUUUUCUCAACAUAUUUCAAUCUCAAUUCAAAAGGUCUCUGUGAGCAAUUGUGGUCAUUAUUUAUGGAAGGGGGGGAGGGGAAUUUUUUCUUUUCUAAAUUUUUAAAAUUGAAAGCCCCCCUAAAAGAGCAGAAUUUUAAUGAUGCCCCCCUGCAUAUAAGAAUUUUUUCUUUGACCCCCCCUCCCCCUAUUUUUACCCAGGCGUUAUAGUGUUAAUUAUUAAAUAAGAAUAUGGAACUGGCAAGAUAUUAACGUCGAACAAAAAUAUAUAUUAUAAUAUUAGCAGAAAAUUAUAAUUAAAAGAGUAAUUUUAUAUAGAACACUAAAAUCAGGUUUCCAUUUGGUCUGGGCGAUUGUAACCAUGGUUAAGGCUGCAACUAGACUUGAUGGUACGAAGUAUUGCCAUAGGCGCUGCGCGGCAACAAUGAGAGCAACAAUCAGUAAUAUUAGCAGCAAAAGGAGAUAGUAAUGACAAUUCUGCCAAGGCAUACCUACGAAAUACAAUGUAUAGUGGUCUAUACAUCCUACUUUAUAUGAGAUUAAAAAUUAUAUAAAAUAAAAUGAUAUACACUAUAUAUACUACUAGAAUGAACAUGGGUGGGGAAAAGGUAUCGAAGUGCUAAACUUGCUGCAGCUAGGCAAAGUGACCAUGAUUUAGUUGCAACAUUUACAACGAAAUGGAUACCAGGUUAUUAAUUUAAGCAAAUUCCUUCAAAUUUAAUUGCAACCCCCCAGAGUGGAUAUAUACAUGUACUCAGAGUAGCAUCACAAACAGCACAAUAAUUUUUACUAGUAUAAAAAUAACUACACAGCGAAAAUUUUGCUACCAGGCUGUCUCGCUAAGCGGGCCAGCCCGGCUUCCAUAUAAACAGGCUCUUAGACAGUAGCUCCACAUAAUACAUAUACAGUAUAUAAUUAUAUAUAAAUAUAUAUACAAGAACAAGAUUAUAAAACUCCCGACUUUUCAAUGUCAAACAAUAUGUCAGUAAAACAAUUAUCCCAAAUGCACAUUAUAGAUUUGGAGUUCGUCACUUCGACUUUGACUCCUUAUUUAAUAUACACCUCCCAUCCAUGCAUUUAUAAUAUAUUUUAAAUACAUAAUUUAUUAAACAAUGGUACAGGAUACUUACUGUUGAGCAGCGUCUUCCCACAAUUUGAACAAAAAUUUGUCUUGUCUGGGAAAUGCUCCCCACAAUGGCAACACGAUUUCAUUGUCAAUUUCAAGACAUUUUUGAAACCAUAAUUUAUCUUCGAAUCUUCGAUAUAUUUUCUUUUAAAUUUUAUGCUUUUCGAAUUUCGAUAUUCCUCGUCGAGACAGACGUCCUCGUGGUCGUGGUGUCAUGAAACUUUUCAUCCCCCCCGUGACCCCGUCGGCUGAAUAAACAUUCUAGCCGGGGGGGGGGAAGUUUUCUAUAUUUAGAAAACAAUGUUUAUUGCAUUUCCUUGCAGCACAGUAGCAUGGUCCAUCUAUGGUCCAUGCAGCACAGUCGCAUGUCCAUGCAGCACAGUCGCGUUUCCAUGCAGCACAGUCGCAUUUCCAUGCAGCACAGUCGCAUUUCCAUGCAGCACAGUCGCAUUUCCAUGCAGCACAGUCGCAUUUCCAUGCAGCACAGUCGCAUUUCCAUGCAGCACAGCCGCAUUUCCAUGCAGCACAGUUGUGUUUCCAUGCAGCACAGUCGCAUUUCCAUGCAGCACAGCCGCAUUUCCAUGCAGCACAGUUGUGUUUCCAUGCAGCACAGUCAUGUUUCCAUGCAGCACAGUUGUGUUUCCAUGCAGCACAGUCGUGUUUCCUUGCAGCACAGUUGCAUGCACAGUCGCCGAUAGAGCAGAGGUGGCCCUUUACCCACCACCGUAGGUCAUUGAUGUAGAUUAAAAAUAGAAGUGGACCUAAUAUAGUUCCCUGGGGAACUCCACAUUGAAGGAAAUGACUAUUCGAAGAAUGACCAUUAACACAACACAUUUGUUGACUUCACUAAGAUAAGAUCUAAACCAAUUUCCAGCUACUCCACUGAUGCCAUAUGCAUUAAGCUUACCUAACAAGAUUUUGUGAUCUACAGUAUCAAACGUACCCUGGAACCAGAGGGUAUUUAUUUUCGCCUGUUUUGAAUAACCCUCUGGUGAAAUUGCCGUAGUUUUUGGGUUCACAUUCCACACAUAACUUUCAAAAAUGGAAGCAAAGAGUUGAUUGGCUGCUGACUAUAGGUUCGAUAGACUACGUGUUCUGAUUGGAUAUUGUAAACAUCAUAGCCUGUUCGCAGGCGUUUCGUGUUUUGAUUGAAUUGAAACAUUUGAAUUUUGAAAUGUCUAUAUUAUUAAAUAAACGAACAAAAGUUGAAAGAAGCAGUUUUAUAGGCUGCAUUAAUAGAUAGAUUGAUAAAUUUCCUGAAUUAAAAGUUUAACGGAGCAUCAAUACCGCGCCUUGUCCAAUUUGAUUCACAUUAAAGAUGUAUUUGCAUCUUGCUAUCGGUUAUGGGAAGAGUUUAAUAUUCCAAAGUUCUAACACCGAGAGUAGCACGACGACUUGGCAAAAGCCACAAUUUUCUGGAGAAACCCAUCUUAAUAGUCAUUUGCAAAUUGAACUCUUUCAUUGACUCUCACGUCCGUGAACUAAGAAAGCGUGGAUGCCGUGUUACUUCACUGUCAAACGAAGAGGACGAGAAAGCAAUACUAGAUGGAGAGUUUACAUUCGCAUUUUGUAAUCCCGAGUCUAUUAUUCGAAAUGCGAAAUGGAGAGGAAUGGUUUCAUUUGAAAUCUACAAGACAAAUUUGCUUGCUUUUGUAUUAACAGACAAAGUUCACGUCGGCCCAAAGAGGUGUGUUUAAUAAAUUUAUAAAAUACAGAUUUUUUUUAAUGUAUAUUGCAGGAUUAAAUUGAAUGUAUAUUGCAAGAUUAAAGUGAAUGAAUAUAAAUAUAUAUUUAUAUUAAAUUGAAUAGAUGUGAUGUUUUAAAUUGAAUGAAAUUCAGGAGAAUGAAUAUUGCUACAAAUCGGCAGGCAUACACUGGACAGUAAACAUGCGAUAAAACCCUGUCUAGACGGCCUGGCGUCAAGGAUAAUGAUUGGAUAAUAUUUUUAGAAUAUGAUGCAUUAAGCCAUUAUACAUUUUUUGCAUUCUUUAUCCGAACCAGGAAUCGCUAACAAAUUCACCAGAGGUUUUUCCUUUUUCUUCGCGCAUUUUCUUGCAUUUCGCAUUCAGCAAACCUAAAAAAACCUCUGGGCCAGGGUAUAUCAAACGCCUUCUUGAGGUCAACAAAACAGGACAACAUUUAUGUUUCCAUGAUCUAUAUUAUGAGCCCAUUCAUUGGUGGCUUCAAGAAGAGCAGUGACAGUUGAGUGUAAACCACAAAACCCUGACUGACAAUUAGUUAGGAGUUUAUUUUCAGAUAGAUAUAAAUGUAACUGGUCAUAAAUUAUCCUUUCAAAAACCUUAGCCACAACAGGGAUAAUGGAAAUCGGAAGAUAAUUAUCAACGCAAUUAUGUUUCCCUUGCUUGUGAAUUGGGACAACUUUUGCGCAUUUCCGCUCAUUGGGAAAUAUGUCUGUGAUAAUAGAAUGAUUAAAGAUGAGGCUAAGGUGUUCGGCGAUUAAAUCAGGGUACUCUCCAAGUAAUCUAGUGGAGAUUUUGUCCAAGUCAGUUGCUUUUGACCUACUUAGUUUGGAAAAAAGUACAGAAACUGUUAAGGAAUUUGUUUCUUUCAAUUGAAGCAUCGUAUUAGUAUUUAGACCAGAUAAAUUUAUAUUAUCCGCACGUUUGGGGCCGAUGUUAGAAAAAUAUUCAUUAAAUGCAUCAGCGAUUUUAUUAGAAUCAUUAAUUAAGUGACCGUUCAAAUUAAUUUCAGUAAUUUAAGCAGUUUUUCUAUUCUUAGAUGUAAGUUCGUUGAUAAUAUUCCAAGUCUUUUUAGGGUUUCCUUUAUUUUCACAGAAAGCAUUUUUGAAAUAAGUUUCUUUAGCAUGAAAGAUUUUGUGAUUAACUGAAUUACGCAUUUUCUUAAAUGAAGAUCAAUCCUGAGGAUCAUUGGAACGGAUCGCUUUGAUUUUUUGAAUAUCUCUUUUGUGCAUUUCGUCCUUCAGGUGAGACGUAAUCCAAGGCGAUUUACAAGCCUUGACACGUUUUGUACAAAGUGGGGCAUGUUUAUCGACGUAGUCGUAUCGAUGUAGUUUUCCAAGCAUGCCACAUAUCAUUAGGAUUUUCAAGUUCUUUAAUAUGGCUCCAAUUUUGUAGACUAAUAUCAUUACAAAAUUUGAUGGCGUCAAAGUUUUUAAACUUUCUAUAGGUUACCGUUGAGCGACCCCUUGUCGGCAGACUAAUAAAAAGCUUUCGAAAAGCAGAAAUGAGACUGUGAUCAAAAUGAGACUGUGAUCAGAGCAAACUGCUUUAUCGGGAGUAUUUGUAAAGAUAUGAUCUAUCAAUGUAGAGGAGGAAUCUGUUGUUCGAGUGGGCUCAUUUAUCAGCUGAGAAAGAUUGUAUAGUUCAGCAAUAUCAAUGAGCAGCCUUAACUAUGCUAGGACAGUAGAGCUGAGAUCACCAUUCAGGUCACCCAUUAGAUAGUACUCAAUAUUUUCAGCAUCAAGUAUACCUAGGAGAGAUUCAAAGUGACUGAACUUUACCGCUGGUGAAUUAGGUGGCCUAUGCCAUAUCGCUAUGAGAAAGGCUUGGCUCUUGGUUUAUUAGUUAAGAUGCACAAGUUUUCUAAUUGAUCAAUCAUGCUGAACCGAAAAUUUAUACAACUACGGAUAUAAAAACAAACACCUCCGCCAAAUCUACCAUUAGAUUCUCUAUCACAGUGAACAAUUUCGUAGCCAUGUAUAUGCACUUCAUCAUCACUAACCGUAGAGUCAAGCCUUGUCUCAUUUAUAGCCACAAUACAUCAAUCAUAUUAUUGGCUAGGAGGAUUCUGAGCUCCUCAAUGUGCUUAACUAAACUAGUUACAUUGAGUGAUGCUAGUUUAAAAACACUCAUCUUAGGCAAGAGUAGGUUUUGUUCACUAGGCAUAUUAGUCUCUAAAGAUCGCAUAUUAUAUACUGAUUUAGCAACUCUAAAUGAAGCGACAUUGUCAAUGGUCUAAGUUAUUUGUGAACUCAAUAACUAAUUUAGUUUAUUGUACGAUCAUCUAGAUUAAAUUUUUUAAUUAUUUCUGACGUUUCGGCUACCUACACGGCAGCCAUUACCAAAGACGUAUUACAGUUACAAAAAUUUUACAGUUAUAAUAAUUUUAUCUUCCAUCAAAAAUGACGUGCGUGUGUUCGUGAUGUUGUUUGCUCACACCUGCGUUCAAGGCAUGAGAGCCUGCGUUCAUGCGUGAUUAGUCCAGCGUAUGCUCCUGGCAUAUCGCGGCAAAUGUUAAUGCUGUUUUCAUCGCAUUUUGUAAACCAACUUUCUAAGAACAUUCUUUCAUCCUCAAAACCAUUAAACUCCAUACAAGUGGCUCCCUCCCAAUCAAUUCUAUGAUUUGUUUCCAUAUGAUGAACCGCAAUUCUAUUCGCCACGUCUUGUUUCUCUGUUGAUCGCUUAUGUUCUUUAAUGCGACAAUCUAGAGUACGUCCAGUUUCACUGAAAUAAGUUGCGGGGCAUUCAGCGCAGGUCACUUUAUAAACUGUUCCUAUCCAGGUCUUUGUAUUGGUUGGAUCUUUCACUUUCGUUAAGGUAUUUCUUAGCGUUACCGUUGGUUUGUGAGCCACACUGAUAUUGAAAGGUCAUAGGAUUCUUGCAAUUCUUUCGGAUGUACCUUUGAUGUAAGGGAUGGUGGCAAUGAUCUUCUUCCGUUCAGUUUCGUCGGUAGUUGGUGUUGUUUUCCGGGAAUGUUCAAUUACGUUGUUCACAAAAGGUUUAGAAUAUUUGUUGAUGGUAAAAACUUUAUCAAGGUGCUGCAACUCAUCUUCGAGGGUUUCACUAGAACUGCAGACUGCAUGCGCUCUCUUCACUAAGGUUGCUAUUGUAGCUGACUUGUGCGAGGUUGGGUGGUAGGAUGAAUUAUCUAAUAAAUGGCUGGUGCUGGUGGGUUUUCGAUAGACACUCGUUUGAAGGGAAUUGCCGUCUCUGGUUAUCAUGCAGUCUAGGAAAGCUAUCUUACCAUCUUUCUCAGGUUCCAUGGUGAACUGUAGACUGGGGUUUUGCUUGUUGAGGUGGUCAAUUUAACUAAGGCUGAACGAGAAGCAUUGUCUAGGUUGCGAAAGGACGAUUAGAUUGUUAUUAUACCAGGCGAUAAAGGUUGUGUAACCGUAGUGAUGGAUAAAUCUGAGUACCAUAAAAAAUGGAUACUUUGGUGAAUGACGGGAACACUUACAAAAAACUUAAGAGCGAUCCAUCAAAGAAAUUACAACGUAACCUAAAUAAAAAACUUUGGCCGUUACAUUUAGCAAACAUUAUAAAGAAACCUUUGUACUCAAAACUUCGUUGUUCGGUUGCGCAAGCUCCAAAACUGUAUGGUUUGCCUAAAAUUCACAAGGAAAAUACACCUAUGAGACCAAUCGUGUCGUUUUGUUCAUCACCAACAUAUGAACUUUCAAAAUAUCUUGCACGCAUUUUGAAGCCUUUAACAGAGCGCUCGGAACACCGCCUCGUGAAUUCCGCAGAUUUCAUAACGAAAAUUCAAGCGAAGACGAUCAGUGCCACUCAUGAACUGGUCUCCUUUGAUGUUAAGUCUUUAUUCACAAGUAUUCCAUUAAAACUAGCAAUUGAGUGCAUGGAAGAGUCCUUAGCUAACUAUGAUGAUGAACUUCCAAUCCCGAAGGAAGAGAUCAUAGACCUACUCAAAUUAUGUUUAGAGUCUACAUUUUUUCAGUACAACGGAAGUUUCUACCAACAACUUCAUGGCACAGCAAUGGGAUCUCCAGUUUCCGUAGUCGUAGCAGAGAUUGUAAUGCAACGGUUAGAAGAACGAGCAUUGUCCUCAUACCCAAACCCACCACCUUUUUGGUUUCGCUACGUCGACGAUACCUUGACGAGUGUCGAUAAACAUCAGAAAAACGACUUUCUUGACCACCUCAACAAGCAAAACCCCAGUCUACAGUUCACCAUGGAACCUGAGAAAGAUGGUAAGAUAGCUUUCCUAGACUGCAUGAUAACCAGAGACGGCAAUUCCCUUCAAACGAGUGUCUAUCGAAAACCCACCAGCACCAGCCGUUUAUUAGAUAAUUCAUCCUACCACCCAACCUCGCACAAGUCAGCUACAAUAGCAACCUUAGUGAAGAGAGCGCAUGCAGUUUGCAGUUCUAGUGAAACCCUCGAAGAUGAGUUGCAGCACCUUGAUAAAGUUUUUACCAUCAACAAAUAUUCUAAACCUUUUGUGAACAACGUAAUUGAACAUUCCCGGAAAACAACACCAACUACCGACGAAACUGAACGGAAGAAGACCAUUGCCACCAUCCCUUACAUCAAAGGUACAUCCGAAAGAAUUGCAAGAAUCCUACGACCUUUCAACAUCAGUGUGGCUCACAAACCAACGGUAACGCUAAGAAAUACCUUAACGAAAGUGAAAGAUCCAACCAAUACAAAGACCCGGAUAGGAACAGUUUAUAAAGUGACCUGCGCUGAAUGCCCCGCAACUUAUUUCGGUGAAACUGGACGUACUCUAGAUUGUCGCAUUAAAGAACAUAAGCGAUCAACAGAGAAACAAGACGUGGCGAAUAGAAUUGCGGUUCAUCAUAUGGAAACAAAUCAUAGAAUUGAUUGGGAGGGAGCCACUUGUAUGGAGUUUAAUGGUUUUGAGGAUGAGAGAAUGUUCUUAGAAAGUUGGUUUACAAAAUGCGAUGAAAACAGCAUUAACAUUUGCCGUGAUAUGCCAGGAGCAUACACUGGACUAAUCACGCAUGAAUGCAAGCUCUCAUGCCUUGAACGCAGGCGCGAGCAAACAACAUCACAAACACGCGCACGUCAUUUUUGACGCAAGAUAAAAUUAUUAUAACUGUAAAUUUUUUUGUAACUGUAAUACGUCUUUGAUAAUGGCUGCCGUGUAGGUAGCCGAAACGUCAGAAAUAAUUUUAAAAAUUUAAUCUGGAUGAUCGUACAAUAAACUAAAUUAAUGGAAAAACCCGGAUUCAAGCCCUUCAGUGAACUCAAUAACGUUAUUUUGGAGUGAUAAACUACCUAACUUAUUUAAAUGCACACCUCUUCUGUUCAAAUGACUAGUAUUGAUGUUUGCAUUUCUUAGGAAAGGAAUCUUGUUUACUUGACAAUAAUUGUCUAAGAUAAGGUUAACUUGCUUAACCUUGGUAGCUAAUUUCGGACAGUCAUUCCGGUCUAGCAAUGCUGAUACACCUACCAUAGUGUUUGGAGAAUCCUCUUUUAUCUGAGUUGUCAGGUUUAAAAUUGAAUCUGCAAUAACUUUCAGUGUGGAAUUUUUAAAGUCAUUUGUGCCGACAUGGAGAAUGACUUUAUUCAGUGACUUACGAGUAAUAGGUUUGAUAAAGUCUUCCAUAUCCUCAACGGUUGCACCCGGGAAUGCUUUCACAACGUAGUGAUGACCAACAUCAUCUUUACUCGUAUAUGCUCCAACCAUAUUCUUUACUAAAGAAUCACAUCACCGGAAAUCACAACAACAUCCUUUUUAUUCCUGGUUGAAGAUUUACUUACGGUGACAUUGACCUCUUGUGUUGCGUUAGCAGCUAACACAACACAAGAGGUCAAUGUCACCGUUUUCCACGCUUGAUCAUUUUUUUGGCAUAUUUCGCUUGAUUUGUUCAUGAAACUAUGAAAUUACAUAUGACAGUGAUGUUUCUUUAAAGUCGCCUCGAAAACUAAGCAACUCUGGCAAUUUCAAGAAUCAAGGCAAGCUUUUAACGGCUUUGAUACAAAUAUAUGUCGCACUUGUUCUUAAUAUAAAUUCUCAUAUAUACUUUAUCCUCAAUUUAUGAAUUAUUAAUUGUAUUAAGGUUUUACCUGUGUGUCUGUCAGUCUGUGUCACAGUGGUAUGAUUAUCCCCGUGUUUAUGAGUAUCCUAGUGAUUUUGGUACUUAUGCUCAUGGUUUGACUGCUAUUCAAAUGAUUUUUGGGGUUCUUUUAUUUGUUUAUAUAUUGAUAUAUUGGGAACAAAGUGCCUUCCCAUCAUAAAAUAUUUGUUAACAAAGACACAUCUAGUAUCUACCUACCUGAGAACAAAGGAGCUGAAUAUCGAUUUUUCCUUUAACUGUAACUUCUUUCAGUGUAAUAAGUACCAUUAUUAUAUAUCAAUAGUCAAAGUCGCAUUUUUCUAGUGUUUUAUUGGUUGAGAGCAUAUCAUGUGAGAGUGACGAAAUUAGGCUGUCUCCCUUGCAACAGCGUGAGAGGGAGAUAAUACGUUAUGUAUAGGAUAGACAAUGAUCAUGUGUGUUCAGUGGGAUGAUAGAUGAUGAACGUGUGUUCAGUGGGAUGAACGACGAUGAACAAUCACGGCUAUGGAUUAAUCAUAUUGAAAAAUGCCUUCUACAAACUUUAUAAUUCUUGAUAUAUUUAUAAUCCCAUUUUUCUAAAACUAUUGCUAUAUAUGUCGCAAAACCCUUUAAAUUUAGUAGUUAUUCAACCUGCUAAUAUCAAUUUUGUUGUGAAAUUAGUUACUGUAUCAAAUAAUACCCAGCAGAUCGAAUAUUUAUUCAGGAUAAUUUUUUGACUAUAUGGAACCAAUUUUUGUCAAAUCCUCAGUUUUCACACAGCAAGAUCAUUGCAGUUACAUAUGACUCAUACAUUUUAACAAUUACAGUAAUUACUGUGUUAUCAUACUGGAAAGAACGUAUAUGACAGUAUAAUAUAUUUGCAUAGUUCGGAUAAAUUAUGCCUUAAAAUAUGCAUUACUGGUUUUUGAAUAGAAUCAGUUUUGUUAAUUGAUGUGUUUGGGUAGGUUUUCCAAAAUUCACCACCAUGUCUGUGUAUGUUUUCCCAUAAGUGGAUAAUCGUAUGGUCAGGUAUGAGUUAUCAACACACUUCAACAACCAUAGUCGAUGGUCUUCUUCAAUCAAUGGCUGAUUUGUGGACUCUGUGUGUUGGGGAGGAGGUGAAUUUGUUGCAACUUGCCCAAAGUGCUGACAUUAUUCUAUGACCAUCUUUGUUUUUAGAUACCUCUUGUUACUAACUUGGCCUGAGGUAGGGCUUGUGACAUGCAGCUUAAAUAUGUGCUCAGCAUAUUUGAUGAUGUCCACCACAAACUUUGAUGGGAGCUGCAAAUUUCUGUUAUUCAGGAAAUGAAGGAAUGAUGGUUUGAGUUUGUUUACUGGUUCCAUGAAAUAGUCGUGUUCAGAUCGAGUUGGUGGUUUUGGUGAUGAUCCAGUUAAGUUGGCAAUACAGGAGGGACAUUUGACUUGCUGCAUUGAGCUUUGCAACAAUAAAACCACUUAUGUACUCCAAGAUGUUUUGGACAAAUUCUGAAUGUGGAUUGGACUUUAGCAGGUCAUUUAUCAUUCCACUCUGUCUGUGUCUUGUUGUUCAUCAUAGUUUGGACAAUGGGAAUCUUCUGCUAAUGGAGCUACAUGCUUUUGUGUUCGGAAGAUGGGAAUGACCACAGGUGUCAUAAAAAACUUGGGAAUUGGCAUUUACAGAUGCUGUGACAGAAUUUUCAAGAAGCAUCCUGCGGAGUGCGUACUUGAGCUGGAGACUGUUUGGAUUAUUGUUCCAACCACCUUUCACUCUAAUACACGAGAAAAGAAUCUCAAUAUGAUCUUGAGAAUACUUGUACGUUAACACGUAUUUAAAUGGGAUUCUCUGGCAAAGUCAGCAUCUACUUCACCAUUUCAAGAGUGGACUUGAUACUAAUCACAAAUCCAAGAACAAAUGUUCGACGAGGAUGGUUGACAAUGGGUAUUCCUUCAGGCGACUUGAGACUGAGUAAAUACUUUGCUGUUGAUUGCAGUGCAGCUUGCCAUCCACUCAUAUCUGACAACUUCAGGGGUUUCUUGAAGCCUUUGCCAUGGGGAUUUCUAGAAUUCAGCAAAUCAAAAAGCCUGUCAAUGGUUCUGAUGAACAUGACUGUGGCUUCACUGCUUUCAAACUCUGGUUGUUUCUGAACAAUGUUUAUGAAGUCCAUUGCAUCUGCCACUGAGCGUUUGAGCUUGCCAAACUGACAUUCAUUUUGUGCUUUUCGAAUUGCAGGUGGUUGUUAGACAACUUGUUGCCAAGCUUCAAGCCUUCUUUUCUUGUUCUUGGACCAAAUUGAGGGCAUGGAAAAAUCUCCAUUUGAUUGGAUUGUCAUCACUUGAGGAGAAUGUCCCAAGAAAUGCCAGGGCAUUUCUUGCCAGUUUGAGCAUAUGACAGGUAUCUAGGAUGACAAAGACAUCUUCACUGGUUACAGGAUGCUCGAAUUCAAUCUGUCAAUGAGGCUGUGUACGUUGGCAUCAGCUUGUUCCUCCUGUAAGUUGUAAUAGCGCUCGGCCGUUUGCACAGAAUGGCCCAUCUGCUUCGCCAGCUGGGCCCUCGACCCAGCAGCAGAGGUCUCGCCUCGCUGCAAGCUAAUGAGGCCCUUGCGCAGACGGGAACUCUUCAGUGUCCCCUUUAGCUGAGGGGCCACCUGCUUACCCAUCUGCGCAAGGCGAUUACUUGCACGUGACUCGUCAAGCGGAUUGCCCUUGGUCGAGAUGAAGAAUAACGGGAGAGCGGGAAUUCCCAGCGCCGCUGGGGCAACAGAACUCUCCGUUUCGUACUUCCCACGCAGUUUGUUUAGAUACGUAUCUGCAUACACCUUUAUUUCCUGAUCCCAAAAUAAUUUGGCGGGCCCUCCUGACGCCGUUUUGUGGCGAAGGGUUCGGGUUACAAAUACGUUCUCUGCGCCUGAUAAGGUUCCAUUUUGGUAUUCAUAUAUUGUUAAAUUAGAUGCGGCCUCGCACCGCUGGCCGCUGGCGACCAAAACUCGCAGCAGCAAAUAGUCGCGCAUGGCCGUGAAGUCAUUUACGCUGACUAUGGGAUCGUCCUGGCUUUGAAUUGCCAUGAACAUUCUCUUGAUUUCGUCAGCCCUUGGGCUGUUAAAGAAGGCCUCAUAGUCCUUGGGUUGCAGUUUUUCGUCAACGUCCCGCAGACGGAUAUCUGCUUUUCUUUUGUUCAUGCCGUCUGCCAACGCCUUUGGCCAGGUCUCCAACCUGGCCAUGGCAGAAUUCACUAAUCGCAGAUCAGCAUCGCUGAAGUCUUCCAGCUUUCUAAUCUCUUCUUGCCGGGCAAUAACAAACUGGAAGAAGAGGCGCAGUGAUCCUAUGUACGCCUUUAGCGUUGUAGGCUGUCGCUUCUCCUCCUCUCCCAGUAAGUAAAUUGUUUUUGAGCAGGUUAAUGUUGUUGCUAUCUCACAGAGGUUUUACCUCACUUGGCUUACUUUCUAUUUCGAAUAAGAGAUGACACACCCGCCUGGUAUGAUCUUUCGCCACUUGAGCCUUUCGAGAGCCCCCCUCGAAGUCCUUCAAAUGAUGCUUAAACAAUUGAAGGACAGGGAGGCUCUCGAAAGCUUUACAUGUGUCCCUGUCGGGGUCGUGUUUUGGCGCCCUCGGCUCAGCCAACAUCACGCCCAGUGGAGUAGUGGGUAUGUCUUCUGACUCUGAAGAAUCGGAUUCAAGUUCGUGCAAUUUGGUAACAUCUUCCCCAUGUAUUGAUGGGGAAGAAAAAAAAAAGUACCUGUCAAUGAAAAACAUAGGAUAUAAAUAUGCAGUGGUUACAUACAUAUAUAGGUUAAAUGGUAUUUACAAAUUUGCAGCUUUUGCAGAGCAGUUUUUGCUAACCUUGCAUUUUAAUUUUGUUGAAAAAAUAUUUUGCUAAUAUAUAGAAAUAAUCACAUAAGUUUCCUGUUAAUUUGAUGUAAUUUGUUUUUAAGCUAAAAUCUAGAAUCUGGAAGUUCAAUUAUUUUUGUAUAUUUUCUCAAAAAUGGAAAGAAAUUUUGGGAAAAUGAGGGACAUUUAGAGAAGGAAAUUUUUUAGGGUUGAAAUGCUGAAUAAUGCAAACUGGUCAAAGUGACAGACAAAAUCAAAGUUGUGCUUGUCAAAACACUAGAAAUCAUGCAUUUGUACCGGUCAAUAUGACCAUGACCGGACACUUGGCUUGGCAGCACAGUGAUUGUGUAGUCUGCCCUUGUGCUUUGCUUCCCCCCCCCGGAAAAAGUGAAUUUCUGGCACUGCCUGUUCACACACAAUUCUUGGUCAGUUUCUUUCUAAUUGCAGUUAAACCUACAUGAUAAGUUUUUGAACAUGUGGAUUAAAUUGUGUCGUUGAAGCUCAGUCUGCCCUCAUGCUAAAAAUAACCUGGCUAUAAACACCAGACAGUUUUAUCACUCAAAGGGAUCUUGAACAUUGAUGAACUGGUUAACCAAGCUAUCUGCCUCUCUAAAUACCCUGCUUGCAAUGUAUCGAAUACCAAUGACCUAUGUGGUACAUCAGGGCUCCAAAGGGACUUUUUCUUGUGCCUGGGGUUCCCGGGUGACAGCCUAGUUUUGGAUCUGAUGGCCUACUAUAGGUGUUUUUGAAAAGGUCAAUUAAAGCUGAUUUUUCGUUGACAUUUUCUGUUUGCAUUACGAAUGACUUCAUUGUUUAAUGUCUGCAGAACAAGUAAUAACAAGCGACAUACCACUUUAUCUACAAUUUGAAAAUCGGAUAGGUUUUUUUAAACAUCUAUUUUAUUCAGAAAUUAAUAAUUUAAAUUUUACAAUAAUUUAUUUUCUAUUUGGAUCAGGCAGUGUUAAGGCUAAGGUUAGAAGAAACUGAAAUCGAUAUAUAGUUAUAUACUACUAUUAACUUUUGUUAUCAAAACAAAAUCUUAUCUUUUGUUCGUUAUUUCUUAAAGUCUUUAGAGUAGAACUCUCUUUCCCUGGGUUUGUGCGUAAAAUGGCAUGUAAAUGAGACUUUGCCCAUUCCUUUCGCAAAUCUUCAAGGGGAAGUGAAUGGAGGGGGACAGAAUUGCCAUUCAUUAACCCUAUCCCUUUUAUCUUGGUCAUGGUGCGUUUCAUUGAACUUCCCUCCGAAUCGCUUCUAUGAGACAUCUUUCAUCAAUUUACCAAAUCGUUCUGUAUGAGACUGCGACCUUUACAUAAUGAGACAUAUUUAUAUCAUUUCGACUACAUCUUGGAAUCUGUUCAUGCAAGCCAAAUUCAGUUUUCUGAAAAUAGCUCAAAAAACACUUGUUAUGUUCCAUUUUACUUGGCCUGCCUCAUUUUUCGUAAACCAGGCGUCCUCAAAUUGCUCCUUGUUGUCCCGAACUCUUUCUUUGAAACCUAUGUACUGGUCUAAAAGGCAGGAACAUUUUAUUCCAGUACACGCUUCACCACACCAUUCUCGAGGAAAUGAAAGUUUACCGUUGUUUAGAUGACUGGCGAGUGCGUUGUUAAGUUGUUCACAUAAACUUACAGGGUUAUGGAAAUUGAAGGAUCUGAUAUCAAACAUAUUCACGAUGUGCUGCUCUUGUUCAGUCAGGGCUAGGAAUCGUGGUGCUUCUUUUAAGACAGCCGUGGUUAACUGCUUGAGUCUAUCUUCAACAAUUGCAGUUAUCUCAUGCGGCGUUAAGAUUUGCUGGUGGCCUCUUACUCGAGGUCGAAAUUGGACGUCACGUUGCAAUAUAUUUACAUGUUGGUCUGGUUUACCAGCAUUUGGUGUAAAAACACCAUUCUUUAUACUUGGGUGAUGAAGUCGUAGACGUUUGUUCAGUGGGUUUUCCAAAACAGACAUUUCGUUUAUUUUUUUACUUUCUGAAGAAACCUUUCAACAUUGGCUUUAUUGUCCCACAAUGGAUAUAUGUCCGAUUGAGCUAUCUCACUAGCGAAUGCGGACUGGCUAAACACGUCAGCUAGUAUGACCAAAGUUGGAAAAAAAAAGGAUCUACUAGAUUCUUUAAAUGACCACGAACUUCGUUAUCUCCGUCCGCUGCUUGUUGUUGCCACAGCAGUUCCAGGACAUAGGCAUUGGUUAAGACAGCAUCAGUCGAACCGACCAAAUAAUGGAUAAACCUUGUUUCGACUAGUCUUUUUAUGCUUUUAACCAAUGAAUGACUAAGGGUUGCCGUAUGUCUCAGUUCUGUGUUGCUUUGGUGACUGACAAACUUUUGAAAUGAUAUUGUCCAAUUUAGACGGAGUGUCAUCAAGCCAUUUCAUUUCUGUAUCUUUGUGUAUGCUCCCUAUCAUCGAUUCGAUCUUGUGUGCUCUGUCACCAAAAUGAAUAUGGGCUUUAUUGAAUUUCUCUUUCCAAAGGUGUUGUAGGCCUUGAAUUUCACCAACGUAAACAGCCUCGCAGUCUGAAGAUGAUGAAGUGACUACCUUUCCAAUAGUUUCGUCAGACAUUGUUAUAGUGCUGUGCAAACUCCGAUUUUUCAUCUCCGGCUCCGGCCGAAUUACAGCUCUGAGGUCCGGCUCCGGCCACAUCAUAAAAUAUUAAAUAAAUGUUUUAGGAUCAGAGAACAUUUAUUAAUAUUAUUAUGAAUAACCCUUUUCGCGCUUCCUAAUUAUCAGAUAACAUAACUCAGGAAACAAAACAGUGAAAAACACUUAACCAUGCAGAAAAUAUCUAUAUGGAAACCAGCCUCGAAAAAUCUUUGACACGAGGCAUGACGCGAGGCAUGACGCUAACACUCUCAGACUCCACAGCGCAAUUGUUCGCACGCAAACAAAGUACUCUGUCAUUUUCAAAAGGUUGAUAUUUAUUUGUUUUGUACUUUUUCGUUAUCUACAAGGCAUGAAAUAGACAGACUACAGUAUGUAGCACUAAGUCAGAUUGGCUUCUUGAAAGCAUGACGUUUGUAAGUUGCGAUCGUAUUACAGCUUUUCGACGCUGUUCCUGUGGGCUGUGGCAGUUUGAGUCUAUGAUGAAUUCAUUAACAGCAAUUGGCAGUUUGCAGUAACUAACAAUCGUUUGACAUUUGUCUCAUUUCAUAUUGUUUUCUUGUCAUUUUGCCAGAGCUGGGAAAACGUAACUCCGGCUCCGGCAUACAAAAUUCGGCUCCGGCGUCGGAAAAACUGCCGGAGCUCCGGCAGAACUCCGGCUCCGGCAACUCAGGCGCACAGCACUACAUUGUUAAUUGUUUGCGUAGAAAGUUGUGGACAUGGCAGAACACACCUCUUGCGUCACUUGAAUGGGCUCCGACGGGGGUAUCUCCGAGACUGAUGGUAUAGUCAGGCACGGGAUCUUCGUGGCGGGAAAUGACACUCUGAUUACCAUUGACGCAGACAGGUUCGCCAUUGAGAUCAAGAAGUCUAAGGUUGACUACUUGAUGUGUAACUAUCAGUCCGUAACAUUGCAGAAGGAAUCUCUCAGUAAUGUCUGCUUCUUUUUUUUUAAUUAAUUUGGGAGGAGAAAAGAAUUGCAUUCUUUUUCCUUUGUUCUUCCUCUGACUUACAGAUCUUAUGGCAUUCGGACUGUUCAUGUAGCUUAACUUUUUGUGCGCGAUGAUUGCUAUCAAGUACAACAGAACAAUGGAGCCAAUUUUGCAUGCUAGAAUAACCACGAUGUUGGCGUAAUUUGUAGGGAGUGGCGCUGACACAAACUACAUGCGCCUAACGGGACACUUGGUGGCACCUGCAACUUUACUUGAAGCCAGGAAUAUGUUGUUUGCAACUGAACCAAUGAUCGUGUAGUGCUGUCAACGUUAGUGGUAAUCGUAUCAGUCUUCUCCAACGCUGAUCUAUUUCAGAAAUUUUACUUUCAAGAACUGUUUUUUUUUGUUCAAGUAGCAUUUUCAUGUCCCUUUCAUUAAUUUUGAUUUUCUGAAUAGCAGCGUGUAAAGACGCAAUCGCUUCUGCCAAUGAAUUAUCGUCUCCGGGCAGUGCUCUCACUCUUUGAGAUGGUUGUCUAGGUGGCAGUUGCUCACUGGAUUGUCUUAGGUCACACAUCAACUCACCAUCAUCAGCAGUUGGAUUACGUGAGUUCUGAGUGGCUGUUGAACUCUAAAGAACUUCUGAACCACUUGGCAUUCUGCUCUUGUACCGAUUGCAUCGCAGUUGGAAUCGUGGAUGCCGUUCUUUCAAGCUGUGAGCCCACUGUAACUUGAACAAUGUUGUCAUUUUGAACACGUAGAAGGGUUUCUUCGGGGAGUGAAUUGCUUCUUACCAUUUCCAAAAGCGUGAUGUAGUAGUUCAAGUUUCAUAUACCAACAUAUAUGCGCAAUAACUUUAUGAAUAUGAGAAACUCUCGAACGAGACAAAAAAAUUAAAUUAAAACGUAAUUUACGCUUAUUUUCUACGACAGUAAAACCUGAAUUUAGUUACAGUAUCACAAAUGACUUAUUUGCUGCCUAAUAUACCGUAUAACUAUAAGAGUGUAGUGACAUAUUUAUCAGGGCGCUUAUAUAAUUAUUAUAUAAGCGCCCUGAUAUUCAUACUACAGAUAUUAACAUUUUACGCACAUGCUCCCAUCAUUCUGCGCACAGAACAAGCUUCAUAAGUCAUGGCUUGACGCUUGAUGGUAACCCUUCUCGUUAGCUAACUCGCUAUUUAUCUUUGUGGCAUUACGCAGCAGCAAGAAACGUGUGAUGAAACUAUAUUAUUUAUACUUGUCAUCGCUGGACAUUUGGAAUGUAAAGCAUGCUUACAAUGUGGGUUCUUACGAUGGCAGAAGAGUUAAAGAUUAAAAGAAGACUGAUAACUACCUACUUUUUGUGGCGCAGAAGCCUAAAAACUAUCUACUUUAUAGUGCAAAGGUGCCUGAGAACUACCUACUUUACAAAAAGUAGGUAGUUCCCAGCUUUCUUACCCGAAAGAAAGUAGGCUAUGAUGUCAUUGUAGACGUAGUAGGUGAAUGGAUUGACAGACGAUAAUAUUACUGAGUAAUAACAACGAAAUAUGAUAUAGUGCUUUGACCUUUUCAGGUCAAAACUAUUUACCGCUGUCUGGCGGGGGCCAAGGCGCUAUAAAGUGACUUACUGAUGCUCUGUCAGUCUGUGAAUGCCAUUUUACAGUUUAUCCAACUAUUCCAAGUUAAAUCCAAUCGCAUUUAUUAGCCUAGUUCAUACAUGGCUGUUUACCUACUUUAGAAAAUUUAAUUAAAAAAUUGCCUACUUUUGAAAUCGUCUGAAAGUUGGGUUUCCAGUCUUAACAGGGCUCAUUUGGAGCCCUGGGUACAUGGUAAAGACUGCAAUAUAAUAAAAUAUGAACAAUAUAUCACAUGUAAACAUAUAUAGUAAUCUUUUUUUAACAUAUAAUUUAUAUAUAUACAGUAUGAAAACAGUAUGAAGCUUUUCAAAAUACACAGUGUAAUAAUAAUAUAUUAUUUUUUUUAUUUGUGCAUGCCUAGUGAUAUUUUUUGAUUUCCUGCAAUCUGAUUGGCUGCAGCAGCAGGCUGCUUUUUACAAUAUCUUGAGCGUGGUCCAAAAGAGUUAUUUUUUAGCAACAAACAGAGGAGUGAAGACAAUUUUCAAACUCAAAACACACUACCCAAAAAGUUGAAAAACUGACCAUAUCUAUACUAAAGAUAGUAAAAUACAGUGAAUUGACUUCAGCGGACUUAGUGCCAAGUCUGAAAUGUACUUUCUCCAAGCAAAAUGUGAAAAAAAUAAAUAUAAACAUCGAAAAAACACUGGCCAGUGCUACAUUCAAAUGGUUCACAUAUAUUCAGCUAUUCCUCGAAAAUAUACAUAGAAAUAUAAAUACUACAACGUACAACUUGUCCUUAAACAUAAAAUUUUAAAAAUAUACCUUAAAUGCCAAGAUUAAGGUAUAUUAUAUAUAAGAAAUUGUUUUUCAGUAACUAAAAUUUGUAGUUUUCUGUCAAAAAGCAUUUUUCAAGCAUGUCCUUGCUGUAAAACAAUCCAGAAAAUAAAUAAUUUUACUUAGUUUGCCUUUUGUUGUCUUUGUUCAGUAGAAAAUCAUCUAUUGCAAUGAAACUAAAAGCUUUUUAUCCAGCUUUUAUCGUGUCGUUUUAGCAGUUUGUCAGCCAUGCUAGCAUGUACUAAACUAACAAACACAACUGAUCUCAAAUGUACUUCGCAACUGGAAUUUUAUCGGAAUUUCAUAAUAACAAUGAACCUUCAAAUAAAAACAUAAACGUGUUAUUUACCGUUUAGGUUGGUCCGUACUGAAAAAAAUAUUUUCCCUCUGCCUCAGAAGCGUCCCUCAGCCUUUGGCCGCUUCUGAGACCUCGGGAAAAUAUUUUUUUCAGUACGGACCUUGCAGCCG